AUGAUGGCAAAUAGAAACAUUUUCUCGUGUUUUCCACGUUUGCGCCUUCGCAAUGUAAGUAAAUGACUUGGUUUAUUUAAGGUUCCAAUUAUAUUAAUCAUUAACUGGGAGCUAUUACCCCAAACGCCAAUAUAAUUCAUGGCUGGGUCCAGAAGGAGAAUACAGUGAGACCCAUUUUAUAAUUAUUAAUGUGAAUUACUGGACGGGGAGAAGCAGAUCUUUUAUUUUAUUCUCAUUUUAAUUAAGUUAAAUCCUUAUACAAUGAAAUACUGCAUUUAAUGGAUUUAAUAUAAUUUUGACACAUUUGCACUUUAUUGUAUGUACACAAUUUGCACAAAACAUAUUUUCCCCACAAGACACAUUUUUCAUUGUAUAUGAGUUGUCUGGAAUUGGGAUCUCCUUCCUAUCUUCACAUAAGUCUCUUCCAUCCCUGCCCUUAACUCCCGCCAUCACUCCUUACUGAGCGGAAGAGAAAGAGACCGGAGACACAUCUUUGGUGUUAAACCGGUCAAGAACAGGUUAACACUUAUAUGUAAGACUGCACCUGGGCCUCCAGGCACCAUAACAACUUCAAUGAAAUGAUUGCAUGCUACACAAAAUUAUACCCUUAACUUAAACUCCCAUUACUCUUGGGCGGCAGCAGUGGCUAUAGUAUUGAUCAGCCCAAAUACAUAAAACAAAUAAAAAGUUAUCUGCGCUAUCCUAAAUCCCUAUGUACGUUUCAAUAAUGAUGAUUUCAGUACCACUCUAACGGCCAUUAAACUGUAAGCUCACCUGUCACGGCAAGGCCAACCUAUUAGGGGAGUUAUAAGUAAGUUGUUAUGGUGCCUGGAGUGUUCCUUUAAGUAGACUAAUUUCCUGUAUUGUAGUUUGUUUGGAGCAGUUUAAAAAGUAUCGCUGGCCCCUGUGGCAGCAACCAGGGGAUAGACUGUAAAAGCUUUUCAUUUGUUUGAGCAUUUUUCUUGCAAAGUGCCUUUUGUUUUCUAAUUGUUUUUGUUUCAGCCUUUUCAGCGCGCCAGACGUCAGAUACCUGAUGCUGUUGAGCAGAAAGUAGAUCAUCUUCCAGGUACAUUAAAACACUGUGUGUGAUUGCUGUGUGUAUAUGUAAGUGUAUAUCUAUUGAUCUCCAUGGAGACUGAAUCAGUUCUAGCAUUUUAUAGCCUGUGUGAGACCUGAACGUGGAACCUCCAAAGAACAAGAGAACCGAGCACCGUCAACUGAGCUCUCUCAGCCAAAGAAUGGCCCUCUGUGCGUGGAAUAUGCACAGAAUUCACAUUAUCCAGCACAUACCUCUCGUUCCAGACUGGCUAAUGACACUCGUCUAAAUAUCUCUGUAUGUAAAGACUCCAGGCACCAUAACCACUACAAAACACUGAAGUGGUCAUGGUGCUUGGUGGAACCCUUUAACAUUUAGAUUUCUAUUGUUAGAUUGUUACCUGAAGACAAUGUACAGAAUAUGCAAUUUUGACAUUUCUGACACGUUAGAUUGCGUAGUUAAUAUUUUCAGGGAGGUAGUUCGCCUUAUACGUAUCUCUAGACACCUGUAAUGAGUCUCUCCUAACCCCCAUACAGGGGGACUGCCUCCUACCCAUAAUCCGCUACUGUCUGAUAGCAGAAUAUAUCUGGAGUUUCAGCCAGUCUUAAUGUUCCCAUUAUUUAUAAUGACAAUGCUGAACAUAUCCCAUAAACUCAGCAGGUGUGUCUAGUUCAGCACUUGGAAGUAGUUUCCUUCAUUAAAAGUCAAUCUGUUUCUUGAGCUACGUUCUCCAGUCGUGUUUUUAAAUGGAUGGAGCUAGUGGUUGCCACUCGUUUAAACAUAACAAAUGUUCUCCCCGUAAAAAUCUGUAAAAGACUUCAGAUGUCGGGGAAGACUGUGUAAAACCUGUUAAUGGGGGUUACUGUUGUACACGUGAGACAUCGCUGAUUACAAAUAUGGGCAUUUUUUUACAGUAAAACCUAACAGUAAAUCUUAUUUUCUCACAUUUUUUUAAAUUUUAUUCAUAAUAAAUUAUGUUCCAUAUAUGACUAGUUAAUGAUAAAUUAAAGCCCUGUUUCUCCUUAACAGAAUGAUAUAUGAUAAGUGUGGGUGCACUUAAUGUGACAGCGGUGAAUUACGGUUGAACAGACAUAUAGCGCAAAUUCCAGUUUUUGUUUACGUUUUGUUUUGAUCAGAACGUGCACUAUUGACUCCGUCCUGAAGGGGUUAAUGUAACUGUCUUAUUUAUUUAUUGAGUGAUACUGUCUGCUGACAUUUCCAAAUGUUGUAUUUUUUUCUUGUUACUAAUUUCCGGGAUGUCCAGAGAUCCGAGAUGGUCCUAAAGGUGACACCAGCUCCCAGACAGAGAACGCAAAGCUGAGUGCUUUGCAGAAAAAGCUGGAGAUUGAGCUGAAGGUGAAGCAUGGAGCAGAGAAUAUGAUCAAAGCAUAUUCCAAUGAUCCUCCCAAAGUAAGUCUAAUACAUUGAAAUUGAGUUUGAAAAGAAAGAAUACUUUUUUAUUUUUACAGGACAUGCCUUUUAUACCCUGACACCAUUCAAGCUAAUUUAAAGGCAUUCUAUAGUGCCAGGAAAACAAAGCUGUUUUCCUGGCACUUUAGAAUACUACCGGGCCCCCACCCUCUCGCCCCUCCUACCGCGGUGCUUCAGUCACUUUCCUGAAUCCAGCGACCAUGUCCCUUGUUGCUGGGUCAGGCUCUGCCCACGCCCCUCUCUCACUGACGUCGGCCGGCGCGGGAGACCUAAUGCACAUGCGCAGCAAUUGCCACUCUCGCAUUAAGAUUUCCCUAUGGGGAUUCCGGUGAUUCUGGAAGUCCUCAUGCAGAAUGUGAGGACGAACAGCGUCAUUUAGAUGGCCAAAAGUCACCUAAGCACUCAGAAGUCCCUCUAGUGGCUGUCUGGUAGAAAGCCCCUGGGGGGAGAUAACCCUGCAAGGUAAUUAUUGCAGUUUCUAAGAACUGUAGGGAUAAGGGACAGGGGACAUUGCACCCAGACCACUUCAAUGAGCUGAAGUGAUCUGAGUGCCUACAGUGUCCUUUUCAGCGGAUAGUUUGCUGGUGAUAUUUGUUCCUGAAAUCAAGAGAGGUGAUAAAAAUUACCAACUUGAUUUCCAAAAGUUUGCCGACACCUCUCUCAGCUAAAUAGUUGAAGGUGUGCGCUUUUCUUAAUCUCUCACGAAGUAUUUUUCAAAAUACUAAAUAGAAAGAAUGCAUCUUUUUUUUUGUUUUUAAGAUUGAUUUUUUUUUCAAUUUUAAAGAUUCUCCUUCCAUAAUGUGUGUCUAUAAUUCAGUCUGCCUGCAAGGAAGCACUAUAGUGUGCCUAGUGCCUUUCCCCCCAGAUGCAAGCAUUCCGCUGCUGUAUUUUGAGCCAUAAAGGCUCUCGUAUACUGAAAGAGAAACAAAGUGAACUGGAUUUAUAGUCCCUGCAUGUUAUACACAAGGGCUGCCUGGAACUGAAAUAAUAAUACUUUAAUAUCUGGGUAAAAAUCAUUGUUUGAGAUCAAUGAAAACUAAACAUAGUCCACUUGUAUCCUGGGAUGUGAGUAAUUAAAGGGACACUAUAGUCACACAGACCACUUCAGCUCAAUGAAGUGGUCUGGGUGCCAGGUCCCUCAGGUUUUAGCCCUUCAGAUGCAAACAUAGCAGUUUCAGAGAAACUGCUAUGUUUAGAUUUGGGGUUAAUCCAGCCUCUAGUGGCUGUCUUCUGGACAGCCACUAGAGGCGCAUCUGCGAUUUUUUGGACACUUUGAAUGCAUGCGCAUUCGGCUCCGUUGAUAUCGGACGGUAAGCUGAUGUCGGCAAGGGAGGAGAGGUCACCAGUGCCGAGGGAGCCUGGCACUGGAUUAAGGUAAGCUGCUGAAAGGGUUUUAACCCCUUCAGCGCCACGUGUGGGGGACCCUGAGGGUGGGGGCACCGUCAAGGCACUAUAUUGUCAGGAAAACCGCUUUGUUUUUCUGACACUAUACAGUAGUGAUCCUUUAAGGUUUAUUUCCUAGAAUGAGGUUAAUUAAUCCUAUAUUUCUCCAUACAGUUUAAUCAGCUAUCUGACUAUUCUUAUUACUGUUACAGAAUGCCAAACAUCUUGCUGCUGUCCGGAAAAAACUUAAAGGCAGUGAGAAAAAAAUAGCUAGGUUGCGCAGUCGGAUCCAGUCUCUUAUAAAAGGUAAACGUUCUGUCCUCGUAUGCAGUUUGAAAUAACAUUAAUGGGUAACAAUGAACACGUAUUUUAUAUUUUUGUGAGUUUUAAUUUUUAGAGUUUGGCUGUGUUUCUUGGCCAUGAGGAAUGCCUUGGUGGCUACUUUGUAAGGAGUAAAAUUGUAUUAGAACGGCUCCGCAGGGCUUGCUCCGGGCUCAGAUCAGGAGAGCUAAGAGAAGUUCCUGUUUAAGAGCGUCCGGCUCUCCGUCACUGGUAGCCAAAACCGGGAGCUGCCCUGGGAAUAAAAAUGCAUUGACUUCUAAUAAUGGGGUGCCGGGGCAGGACUUGCACCAUAACCACUACAGCAAGCUUUAACAAUCUUACAAGGAGAUCUGUACGUAUCCCAUAAACCUCAACACUCCAAGGCUUUAUGAAGAAAUGUAAAGCUGUAUCUUCCAAUUACAUCGCCUUUACAUUUCCUCUUAGAAGUGGGAGGUAAAGGGAGUAAUGAGAAGGUGCGAAUACAUUUUAUAUUAUUUUAUAAAUUGAAAUAUCAUAAAGUCUAGGCUUGGAUAUAAUGUUUUUGUUUUUUCUCCAUUUGCUUUGAGGUGAAAAUGAUUGGAGUAUUAUUGAUCACUGUGUAUAAUACACAAUACUUACAUUAUGUUAUGUCUCGACCUUUACAGAACAACCAUCGUUACCAGCUCCGGAGACGGACAUUAAUACUGCUGCUCCUUCGAUGUUGGUGACGGAGAGACAGGAGCCAGAGCCGGCUGGGUAUUCACUUUACAUCUUUUUCAUCAAUGUUGUUAGGACCUGAAUCCAUCCCAGUUUACACCACCACACCUGCUGAUUAUCAAUACGUCUGUUGUAUAUUUGUCACGUGCUGUCUAUAGAUUCCUCAGCAUGCAUAUCAAUCACAGAUACAUUUUACAAGGCUGCCUACAGCUUGCAUGCUUGUGUCGCCAGAUCUCCUUAUCUUUGCAGGACUCCUGUGAAUUCUGCAUUCUGCCAGGCAGGGUGUGAGAGUGCUUUGGAUGUCACACAGGAAGCACAGAAUGUAGAAUUCUAUACGGUGCAAAGACAUAGAAAUCGGCAACACUAGUGAGAAGUAUUCUUGGGGUUUCCUUUAAAUAAUGUCUGGUAUAUAGCAGCAAUAUUGUCUACGAUAUAAUGAGUAUAGUGAUAUGACAACCAGAUAAACUAUUCUUUUCUUCCUUCUCAUAGCGAUUUUCCAAUCUUACCUUCGAAACCAAUUACCCUACCGGAUGUGGAACAUGACUUUGAGACGCCUAGUCAGACAUUCUUAGAUGACAUUCAGCAUGAAAUUUCAGCUUAUGUUAAGAUCCAGAAUAUACUGGCCCAGGUAAAGCUCUAACUUGCUGGAUGUUCUCUGAAGUAGUUAUGGUGCAAUGAGUCUGUGGGUAUUAACUCACUUUUUAUUGUUAAACCAUUUGGGAGCAUUUUGAUAAAUGAGAGGUCUCUACCUGUCACCCAGACACCCCCCCUUGGCCAUAAUGAUAAUGUGGAAUUGACAGUUUAACGCUAUAAAUGUGUAUUCCAUCCAACCUGGACUGCUGUGAUGGAUGGGGCGUAACCCAGAGCUCUCAGCCAAUCAAUACCAUCCAGGCUUCCUAUAAUGUGCAUUGAUAAUAUAGAAGUGUUAAUUCCUAUCAUUGUGGCUGUGGAGGGGGGUAUCCAGGUACUUGGAAGAGCCAAAAUGGUCUGAUAUUAAACCAGGGAUAGCGCCAAGACACUCCAGGUACUAUAACCACUACAGCGAGCUAGAAUGGUUAGUUUGCUUCGAGUUUGCCGUUAAAGCGGCCACAUGUUUCAUUUCUUGAUUGUUUGAGUUGAUGAACUCUGGGUUUAGUAAAUAAAUUAGACCUUCUAAUGGUUUAUCAAGGCUAACAGUCACUUUCCAGAACUUUUAAUAUUAUGGUAACAAAUAAAAAGGGUCUUUGCCGCAAAUCUUGUGCAAAAUACUAAUAAAUGGGACAUAAAUCACUUAAAGUGUCAGUGCAAUAAGGCAGGUAUAUUCUCAUAUAAAACAAAGUGAGAGAAAUAAAUGCAAAUGUAGUGUAGUAAGAUUUAAGUGUUAAAUCGUUCUCGAAUGUCUGACAUUAAGGAUGUGUAUCUCCAAGCACCAUCUCUCCCACUCGGACUAAUACGGGAACAUUAGCGCAAGUAGUGAAAAGCCGGCAGUGGCUGAAUUAGAGCGUCAGCUAACACUCUCAGCCAAUCAUGAGUAAAGGAUAUUAGCUAACGAUGGGCAGCUGACUCUCUCAGCCAAUCACUGACCCUUCUCACUGCUCACACAACUUCUGCUUUAACCUGAGCUGAGCAGACAGAGACCGGAGUGACAUCUUUAGUGUUAAACCGGAUAGAACAGGUUAACACUUAUAUAUAACACUGGGCCUCCACACACCAUAACAACUUCAAUGAAAUAAUGCCAUGCUACACAAACUUAAACCCAUGGAAUCAAACUCCCACUACUCUUGGGCGGCAGCAGUGGCUAUAGUAUUCAUCAGCCCAAAUACACAAAACAAAUAAAAAGUUAUCUGAACGGCCAUUAAACUGUAAGCUCACCUGUCACAGGAAGGCAAACCUAUUAGGGGAGUCCUACACAAGUUGUUAUGGUGCCUGGAGUGUUCCUUUAAGUAGACUCAUUUCCUGUAUUGUAGUUUGUUUGGAGCAGUUUAAAAAGUAUCGCUGGCCCCUGUGGCAGCAACCAGGGGAUAGACUGUAAAAGCUUUUGGUUUGUUUGAGCAUUUUUCUUGCAAAGUGCCUUUUGUUUUCUAAUUGUAUUUGUUUCUGCUUUUUCAGCGUGCCAGACGUCAGAUACCUGAUGCUGUUGAGCAGAAAGUAGAUCAACUUCCAGGUACAUUAAAACAUUGUGUGCGUGAUUGCUAUAUACAGUAUUUCACAAAAGUGAGGACAUCCCUCUCAUUUUUGUAAAUAUUUUAUCUGUGACAACACUGAAGAAAUGACACUCUGCUACAAUGUAAAGUAGUAAGUGUACAGCCUGUAUAACAGUAAAUUUGCUAUCCCCUCCAAAUAACUCAACACACAGCCAGUAAUGUCUAAACCGUUGGCAACAAAAGUGAGUACACCCCUAAGUGGAAAUGUCCAAACUGGACCCAAAGUGUCAAUAUUUUGUGUGACCACCAUUAUUUUCCAGCACUGCCUUAACCCUCAUGGGCAUGGAGUUCACCUGAUCUUCACAGGUUGCCACUGGAGUUCUUUUCCACUUCUCCAUGAUGACAGCACAGAGCUGGUGGAUGUUGGAAAUCUUGCGUUCCCCCACCUUCUGUUUGAGGAUGCCCCACAGAUGCUCAAUAGGAUUUAGGUCUGGAGACAUGCUUGGCCAGUCCAUUACCUUUACCUUCAGCUUCUUUAGCAAGGCAGUGGUCGUCUUGGAGGUGUGUUUGGGGUUGUUAUCAUGUUGGUAUACUGCCCUGUGGCCCAGUCUCCGAAGGGAGGGGAUCAUUCUCUGCUUCAGUAUGCUUCAGUAUGUCACAGUACAUGUUGGCAUUCAUGGUUCCUUCAAUGAACUCUUGCUCCCAGUGCCAGCAGCACUGAUACAGGCCCAGACCAUGACAUUCCCAUCACCAUGCAUGACUGUAGGCAAGACACACUUGUCUUUGUACUCCUCACCUGGUUGCCACCACACACGCUUGACACCAUCUGAACCAAAUAAGUUUAUCUUGGUCUCAUCGGACCACAGGACAUGGUUCCAGUAAUCCAUGUCCUUACUCUGCUUGUCUUCAGCAAACUGUUUGGGUCGCUUUCUUGUGCAUUAUAUUUAGAAGAGGCUUCCUUCUGGGAUGACAGCCAUGCAGACCAAUUUGAUGCAGUGUGCGGCAUAUGGUCUGAGCACUGACAGGCUGACUCCCCACCCCUUUAACCUCUGUAGCAAUGCUGGCAGCACUCAUACGUCUAUUUCCCAAAGACAACAUCUGGAUAUGACGCUGUGACAAACUCCCCUUCCCAUAUUUCCAGACACCAUGUCAGCCAAUCUUAAAGGAACACUAUAGUCACCUAAAUUACUUUAGCUAAAUAAAGCAGUUUUAGUGUAUAGAUCAUUCCCCUGCAAUUUCACUGCUCAAUUCACUGUCAUUUAGGAGUUAAAUCACUUUGUGUCUGAUUAUGCAGCCCUAGCCACACCUCCCCUGGCUAUGAUUGACAGAGCCUGCAUGAAAAAAAAACUGGUUUCACUUUCAAACAGAUGUAAUUUACCUUAAAUAAUUGUAUCUCAAUCUCUAAAUUGAACUUUAAUCACAUACAGGAGGCUCUUGCAGGGUCUAGCAAGCUAUUAACAUAACAGGGGAUAAGAAAAUCUUAAUUAAACAGAACUUGCAAUAAAGAAAGCCUAAAUAGGGCUCUCUUUACAGGAAGUGUUUAUGGAAGGCUGUGCAAGUCACAUGCAGGGAGGUGUGACUAGGGUUCAUAAACAAGGGGAUUUAACUCCUAAAUGGCAGAGAAUUGAGCAGUGAGGCUGCAGGGGCAUGUUCUAUACACCAAAACUGCUUCAUUAAGCUAAAUUUGUUCAGGUGACUAUAGUGUCCCUUUAAUGUUCCCAUUAUUUAUAAUGACAAUGCUGAGCAUAUCCCAUAAACUCAGCUGGUGUGUCUAGUUCAGCACUUGGCAGUAGUUUCAUUCAGUAAAAGUCAAACUGUUUCUUGAGCUACGUUCUCCAGUCAUGUUUUUAAAUGGAUGGAGCUAGCGGUGGCCACUCGUGUAAACAUAACAAAUGUUCUCCCCAUGAAAUCUGUAAAAGACGUCAGAUGGCGGGGAUAGUACUAUAACUGGAGCAGCUUGUCACUGCUAUUCUCUAAAUAUUGUAGAUAUAAGAAUCAGAAAAACAAAAGCACAGGAAGAGUAGCUUCUGACAACAAAAUAUAUGGAAGUUCACAGGUUAUUAUAAUACAUUAAGUGUCUGUUUAAAUAAAAGGUUAUGUAUUGUGUAGUCUUUCUAACCUUGAUUGAGCAAUACUAUCUGUAAAAUCACAUAGUGAUCUGUCUUUCUUUUUAAUUUUCAGAGUCUCCAGAGACUCAAGACUUUCUCCAACCUGUGAGUCGCUCAUCAGCUAGUGAUAGUUUCUCCACUGUUGACCUGACCUCUUCUACAAGUGACAUCUCAUUGGAAAGUACUGGUGGGUCAUAGCAGUAAUAACUGUUGCUUUUUCAUUUUACAAUCAGGUGGAUAUUUUAGAGACUUUAAAAGAGGAAAUCAUAACGUUGUGAUCAGUUAUUGCACAUAUUUUGAAUAUGAGAUUGUAGACUUUAUUGGGCAUCAGAUCACCGACAUUAUAUAGCGUGAAAACAUGGAGAUUUAAAUAAAUAGUACCGAGGAAGGCUGUGCCUUGUUAGUUUUACAGAAAUAUAAAUGGGUCCCGUGCACAUUUAACAAUUAAAGGACCACUAUAGGCACCCAGACCACUUCAGCCCAAUGAAGUGGUCUGGGUGCCAGGUCCCUCUAGUUUUAACCCUGCAGCUGUGAACAUGUUUCACUGAGGGUUAAUCCAGCCGCUAGAGGCGCUUCUGCGAUUCUCACUGUGAAAAUCACAGUGAGAAGAAGCUGGACGUCCAUAGGAACGCAGGGGGUGGAGAGUUCCAUAUCGCCGAAGGAGCCCGGCACUGGAGAAAGGUAAGUGGCUGAAGGGGUUUUAACCCCUUCAGCCCAGCGGGAGGGGGGGGCCCGAGGGUGGGGGGGUCCUAAUGACCCUAUAGUGCCAGGAAAACAUCUGCUGCAUUCAAUGUUCUCCAACCAGAGAAGUCAGAUGUCCCUAUAAAAUAAAGCAUGGCCAUUAAUGGACCAUGUUCAUUGGCUAGAGGGAGCUCAGCUGCAUGGCCCUACUUUGCUUAAUCGGGCAAUCUGCAUUCUCUUGCCAGAGAAGACUGGAUACAUGGGAUGUGGUCACAGGCACCUGGCGGGACCCUGGGAAGGAGUUAAACCAAACUUGGAGUAUUCCUAGAAAUGUCCAUGAAAGACUGGAGUCGAUACAAUAUUUACUGUAGAUCUAUCUCACCGACAUCUAUUGAAACUGGAAGGCAUGUACAUUGCGUGCUCCUGUAAUGUCAUCAAUCACGGGGGACUUCUAGCAGCUGGGAUUUUUGUUGUUUACUCUGUAUUUAUCUUUUCUUUCAGUAUUUUUAUACUCCUUGAUUUAAAGCUGCUCUCUGGGUCUGUGUUAUCUAUCGUGGCAUUACCUACUCUACUUAAUGUAACUGUCUUAUUUAUUUAUUGAGUGAUACUGUCUGCUGACAUUUCCAAAUGUUGUAUUUUUCUUGUUACUAAUUCCCGGGAUGUCCAGAGAUCUCAGAUGCUCCUACAAGUGACACCAGCUCCCAGGCAGACAACGUGAAGCUGAGUGCUUUGCAGAAAAAGCUGGAGAUCGAGCUGAAGGUGAAGCAGGGAGCAGAUAAUCUGAUCAAAGCAUAUUCCAAUGAUCCUCCCAAAGUAAGUCUAAUACAUUGAAACUGAGUUUAAUAAAAAAUAAUAUUUUUUUAAAUUGUUGAUGGGGGAGGGGCAACUCCCAAAUCGCUCUUACACCUUUUACAUGACAUGCCUUUUACACCCUGACAGAAAGCUGAUACAAAUUACAAACUAGAUUUCCCGAGAUCUCUCACAGUGAAAUAGUUGAAGGCAUGAGCUUUUCUUAAUCACCCAUGAAGCACUUUUUCAAAUUUCUAAGUAGAGAGAAUGCAAGUUUUUUCAUGUUUUACAGUUGCAAGAAAAAGUAUGUGAACCCUUUGGAAUGAUAUGGAUUUCUGCACAAAUUGGUUAUAAAAUGUGAUCUGAUCAUCAUCUAAGUCACAACAAUAGACAAUCACAGUCUGCUUAAACUAAUAACACACAAAGAAUGAAAUGUUGCCAUGUUUUUAUUGAACACACCAUGUAAACAUUCACAGUGCAGGUGGAAAAGGGAUGUGAACCCCUAGACUAAUGACAUCUCCAAGAGCUAAUUGGAGUGAGAUGUCAGCCAACUGGAGUCCAAUCAAUGAGAUGAGAUUGGAGGUGUUGGUUACAGCUGCCCUGCCCUAUAAAAAACACACACUAGUUCUAGGUUUGCUUUUCACAAGAAGCAUUGCCUGAUGUGAAUGAUGCCUCGCACAAAAGAGCUCUCAGAAGACCUACGAUUAAGAAUUGUUGACUUGCAUAAAGCUGGAAAGGGUUAUAAAAGUAUCUCCAAAAGCCUUGCUGUUCAUCAGUCCACGGUAAGACAAAUUGUCUAUAAAUGGAGAAAGUUCAGCACUGCUGCUACUCUCCCUAGGAGUGGCCGUCCUGUAAAGAUGACUGCAAGAGCACAGCGCAGACUGCUCAAUGAGGUGAAGAAAAAUCCUAGAGUGUCAGCUAAAGACUUACAAAAGUCACUGGCAAAUGCUAACAUCCCUGUUAGCGAAUCUACAAUACGUAAAACACUAAACAAGAAUGGAUUUCAUGGGAGGAUACCACAGAGGAAGCCACUGCUGUCCAAACAAAACAUUGCUGCACGUUUACAGUUUGCACAAGAGCACCUGGAUGUUCCACAGCAGUACUGGCAAAAUAUUCUGUGGACAGAUGAAACCAAAGAUGAGUUGUUUGGAAGAAACACACAACACUAUGUGUGGCGAAAAAAAGGUACAGCACACCAACAUCAAAACCUCAUCCCAACUGUGAAGUAUGGUGGUGGGGGCAUCAUGGUUUGGGGCUGCUUUGCUGCGUCAGGGCCAGACGGAUUGCUAUCAUCGAAGGAAAAAUGAAUUCCCAAGUUUAUCAAGACAUUUUGCAGGAGAACUUAAGGCCAUCUGUCUACCAGCUGAAGAUCAACAGAAGAUGGGUGUUGCAACAUGACAAUGACCCAAAGCAUAGAAGUAAAUCAACAACAGAAUGGCUUAAACAGAAGAAAAUACGCCUUCUGAAGUGGCCCAGUCAGAGUCCUGACCUCAACCCGAUUGAGAUGGUGUGGCAUGACCUCAAGAAAGUGAUUCACACCAGACAUCCCAAGAAUAUUGCUGAACUGAAACAGUUCUGUAAAGAGGAAUGGUCAAGAAUUACUCCUGACCGUUGUGCACGUCUGAUCUGCAACUACAGGAACCGUUUGGUUGAAGUUAUUGCUGCCAAAGGAGGUUCAACUACUUAUUAAAUCCAAGGGUUCACAUACUUUUCCACCUACACUGUGAAUGUUUACAUGGUGUGUGCAAUAAAAACAUGGGAACAUUUCAUUCUUUGUGGGUUAUUAGUUUAAGCAGACUGUGAUUGUCUAUUGUUGUGACUUAGGUGAUGAUCAGAUCACAUUUUAUGACCAAUUUGUGCAGAAAUCCAUAUCAUUCCAAAGGGUUCACAUACUUUUUCUUGCAAUUGUAUUUCUGAUUUUACAGAUUCAUCUUCCAUGAUGCGUGUCUAUAAUUUAGUCUGCCUGCAAGGAAGCACUAUAGUGUGCCUAUUGCCCGUUACCCCCAGAUGCAAGCAUUCCGCUGCUGUAUUUUGAGCCAUUAAGGCUCUCGUAUACUGAAAGAGAAACAAAGUGAACUGGAUUUAUAGUCCCUGCAUGUUAUGUACAAGGAUUGCCUGGAACUGACAUAAUAAUGGUUUAAUAUCUGGGUAAAAAUCAUUGCUUGAGAUCAUUGAAAACUAAACAUGAAUAGAAAAAAUGACCCAGGCACUCCAGCGAAUUCCAAAAUAGAGGCAAGCUUGACAAAGGCCCUAAGGGGUUGAAACGUUGCUUUUUGAUUCCUUGUUCCAAUAAAAAUUGCCUCUAUUUUGGAAUUCGCUGGAGUGCCUGGAUCAUUUUUUCUAUUCAAAUUUUAUACUUGGUCCAUUUGGUACUGAGACUUGUCCACAUGAGCACCCUGAAUUCCAUGACAAAGGAUUGAGUGCGCUUCCACCAUCUACAUAUGUUAUGAGAACUAAACGUAGUCCAGAUGUAUCCUGGGUUGUAAGUAGUUUAUUUCCUAGAAUGAGGUUAAUUAAUCCUAUAUUUCUUCAUACAUUUUAAUCAGCUAUCUGACAAUUCUUAUUACUGGUACAGAAUGUCCACCAUAUUGCUGCUGUCCUGGAAAAACGUCAAGACAGCGAGAAUAAAAUAGUCAGGUUGCGCAGUCGAAUCCAGGCUCUUAUAAAAGGUAAACGUUCUGUCCUCGUAUGCAGUUUUUAGAAAGAAUAUUAAUGGGUAACAAUGAACACGUAUUUUAUAUUUUUGAGAGUUUUAGUUUUUAGAGUUUGGCUGUGUGUCUGGGCCAUGAGAUAUUCUGGGUGCCGACUGCUUUUAUAUAUAGUGAUCCAUAAGUCACCUGUGGAGGUACAGAGUUCAUGGAUGUGACUAAACUUUAAAGAAACAAUCCGAGCACCUAACCACUACAGGCCAUUAUUGUUACGGUGCCAGUAGUGCCCUGGUGGCUGCUUUGUAAGGAUUCCUGAGAAGUUCCUAUUUAGGAGCUUCCGGCUCUCCGUCGCUGGUAGUGGACACAGGGAGCGGCACCUGACGUCUAAUAAUGGGGUGCCAGGGCAGGACUUGUACCAUAACCACAUCAAGCUUUAACUAUCUUACAAGGAGGUAUAAGAGAUCUGUACGUAUCCCAUAAAUGUCUACACUCCAAGGUUUUAUGAGGAAAUGUACAGCUGUAUCUUCCAAUUGCUUUGUCUUUGCAUUUCCUCUUAGAAGUGGGAGGUAAAGGGAGUAAUGAGAAGGUGCAAAUACAUUUUAUAUUAUUUUAUAAAUUAAAUAUCAUAAAGUCUAGGCUUGGAUAUAGUGAUGUUUGCUUGAUUCUCUGUUGCAUUGAGUUUAGAAUUAUUGAAUUAUUAUUAUUCACCGUGUAUAAUAUACAUUACUUACAUUAUAUCCCAAUCUUUACAGAACAACCAUCGUUACCAGCUCCGGAGACGGACAUUAAUACUGCUGCCCCUUCGAUGUUGGUGAUGGACACACAGGAGCCAGAGCCGGCUGGGUAUUCACUUUACAUCUUUCUCAUCAAUGUUGUUAGGACCUGAAUCCAUCUCACUUUAUACCACCAUACCUGCUGAUUAUCUAUAUGUCUGUUGUGGGGGUUAAAUAAUGUCUUGAAUAUAGCAGCAUCAUUGUCUAAGAUAUAAUGAGUAUAGUGAUAUGACAACUAGAUAAACUAUAAUUUUCUUACUUCUGAUAGCGAUUUUCAACUCUUCUCUAUGAAACCAAUUGUCCCACCGGAUGUGGAACUUCACUUAGACGCUGCUCCUGCUCCAAGUCAGACAUUUUUAUAUAGCAUUCUGCGUGAGAUUUCAAUUUAUAUUGAGUUCCCGGAUUUCCUGGCUCAGGUAAAGCUCUCAGAUGUGCUGGUCGUUCUUUACCUCUAAACUUCAUCAAAAAAUGAUCACUCUGUGUACAAUAACCAUUAUAGCACAGUAAUGUAGUUAUGGUGCAAUGAUUCUGUGGAUAUUAGCCCACUUAUUUUUUUGUUAGACCAUUUAGGAGCUUUUUGACAAAUAAGGGCUUGGCUGGUCCACAUGUCCUCUAUGCCGACGUUGAUGGUUGAACUCGGGCUAAAUCUAGUUACAUAGUUACAUAGCUGAAAAGAGACUUGUGUCCAUCAAGUUCAGCCUUCCUCACAUAUGUUUUUGCUGUUGAUCCAAAAGAAGGCAAAAAAACCUAGUUUGAAGCGCUUCAACUUUUUCCACAAACUAGGAAAAAAUUCCUUCUUGACCCCAAAAUAGCAGUCAGAUGUAUCCUUGGAUCAAACAGCUAUUACCCCACUAAUUAUAAAUUAUAUCUCUGCAUGUUAUGUUUUUGCAAGUAUUAAUCCAAUUGCAGUUUAAACAUCUGUAAUGACUCUGACAAAACCACCUCUUCAGGCAGAGAAUUCCAUAUCCUUAUUACUCUUACUGUAAAAAAACUUUUCUUUGCCUUUGAUGAAAUCUCCUUUCUUCCAGCCUAAAUGUGUGACCUCGUGUCCUAUGUAUAGCCCUGUUUUUUGAAUAGAUUUUCAGAUAAUGGUUUGUACUGGCCCCGAAUAUAUUUGUAUAAUGUUAUCAUAUCCCCUCUCAGGCGCCGUAACACAAGAAAUCCUUUUAUCAUGUAUGGUUUUCCUUUCUAGGAUUUUGGAGAAGGCCACGAAUAUACCAGCGAUAGCAAAGAAAUGAUUACAAACCCAACACCAGACGUGCGGUAUGAUUACUUACCUGUGUUACAGGAGCCUUUUAUUCUAAGUCUUUUUUAUUGUGGGGGGGUUUGGGACCAUUUAAUUAAAUUUCUGAACAUUUUCCUUUCUUGGCAGUAUUCGUCUCCGGAUUCCUCUCACCAUGGAGGACUUCAAGCUCCGCUCUGUGCUCGGUAGAGGGAGCUUCGGGAAAGUAAGUUUAAGGUGGAAUUCCAAUUCUAGUUCGAUAUAACGGAUGUCUUAACAGAUGCAGCACAACAAUUUGUUCAUUUUAAUUUCAGGUUCUGCUGGCUAAAUACAAGGACACAGGCAAUAUGUAUGCCUUGAAAGUAAUAAGAAAAGGAGACAUAGAAUCAUCAUCAAUACUCGAUUGGUCAGUAAAUGAAGAACAAUUAAUGGUUUUUGGAAAGAAAAGGUCUGUUUUUGUCCAGUUUUCUAUAGAUCUGGCUAGUAAGAAUACCCAUGGGUCUAGCUUAACCUCCCUCUCAAAUAUUUCUCGCUACAACUGCGCAAUUUGUUGCCAAUAAACUUGUGUAAUUGGGCAUUCCCAAUGUGAAUAUAUGUGCCCUUGAGGCCGCAACCCGCCAGCAUAGGUCUGUAGUAAUUUGGUUCAUACGGCUCAACUUUACCGGUGUAGCAUACCAUCGAAAUAGCAUCUUAUAUGAUUGUUCCUGCAGCGAGACACACAGAGAGGACUGUGCGGCUGCCUCCCAUAUUUCCUGCCAUUCCACUCCCUCCAACGUCUCUCCUAAUUCUGCCUCCCAGUGGUCUAUGUAUGUAAUUCCUCCCCAUUCUAAUGUGUUGUUGCACAAAUGUGAGUAUAGAAGUGAAAUCAAUCCGCUUGGGAACUGUUCCUUUGCGCAUAUCCUUUCAAAGAACAUCAUCUGUGCCUCUGCGGCUUUUUUAACCUGAAGGUCUUGGGCAUAGUCUCUAAUCUGGAGAUAUCUAAAAAAAGUCAAAGGGUCGCAGAGGAGUUCUAGUUUGCAGGUCCUCAAACGUCACAAACGACCCACCCCCCCCCCUCAAACAACUGGUGUAAUCUUUGCAACCCUGCGUGUUCUAUGCCUCUGAAAUCCCAUGCUGUUAUUCCUGGUAGGAAUGCUUUGUCCCUCAACAAAGGGGUCACUGGAGAAUGGGAGGACACCAAGCCAUACUUAGUAGCGGCUGCAUCCCAUAUCUUCAGUGAGUUGAAAAUUGCAGGACAGGUCAUGCUAAUGUUUGGUCUGUGCUCCCUAGGGGUCCACAUAAAGAACUGAGGCAUAUCCAUCCCCAUAAGGGAUGCUUCCAGGUCCACCCAUCUCCUUUCCUCCGGUGGAGAGUGCCACAGCGCCACCUGGGGCAGCUGGGCUGCCUCAUAAUAACAAUAUAGGUGCAGAAGGCCCAGGCCACCCCUGUCCCUAGCCCGGUAAAGAAUGUUGCUUGAGACCCUAUGCUUCUUAUUCUGCCAUAUAAAUUUGCCAAUGGUUUGUUGGAGCAGUCCCAAGUCAGAUCUGGUCACUCUGAUCGGGAGCGCCUGAAACAAAAACAAUAUUCGAGGUAGCACAUUCAUUUUCACGGAAUGAAUCCUCCCUAUCCAAGAAAUUGCUUUUUCCGUCCAGCUCUCCAUGUCCGUCAUCAAUGUCCUAACCAGCGGGGGAUAAUUCUGUUGGAAUAAUUUAGAUGGGUCUGCCGUCAGUCGUAUGCCUAGGUAUUUAAUGUGGUCUCUUGUUAUUCGUAAUUGAUAGGUCUUCCCUAUGUAGGUUACGUCCAUCUCUGACAUACCUAUGGGUAGUACGCUGGACUUGUCCAUAUUUACCUUAUAUCCGGCCAGUUCUCCAGAUUUCUUCAAGACAUCUGUUAGCGCCGCCAUGGAUUCCCUCGGUUCUGUCAGAGUCAGUAAGACGUCAUCUGCGAAUCCUGACACCACGUAUCGUUGCCCUCCGACUUCUACCCCUUUAAUGUCUGGGGCUGAAGGAGUGGUUCCAACGAAAGAGCGAACAAUAAGGGCGACAAUGGGCAUCCCUGUCUAGUGCCGUUGCUUAGACCAAACGGAGUUAUCUUUGCUCCCGAAAUGCGAAGUUGCGCCCUGACAUUAGUAUACAUGGCUCGGAUUGCCAUUGUGAACUGAGCUGGGAAGCCAUAAUGAUCCAGCAUUGUGAAUAAAUAAGGCCAUUUAACCCUGUUGAACGCCUUCUCGGCGUCCAACGACAGUAUCAUCGUCGGUAUUUUCCUCGUGUUUUGUCUCCACAUUACGUCUGGUAUUUUCAAAGAGUUGCCUAUCCAGUAUGAACCCCACAUGGUCAGGGUGAACCAGCCGAUUCAGCAUCAGGUUUAUCCUGGCAGCCAGAAUUUUUGCUAGUAUUUUUGAAUCAUGGUUGAUCAGGGAUAUCGGGCGAAAGUUUUCUGGGGCUGAUAGAUCUCGACCCGGUUUCCACAGUAAGACAAUAUCUGCUAGCGACAUUAGUUCGGUGAACCAAGCUUCCAUAUGUGGAAUAAGUUCUUCCCUAAAGGUUUUAUAAUAUGUUCCAUCGAAGCCAUCUGGUCCCGGUACCUUGUUACUCUUCAGUGUGGAUAUUGCUACGUCUAUUUCUUCUGCCGAGAUCUGUUUCCUCAAGGCGUCUGCUUCCGCUCCAUUCAGUUUUGGCAAAUCCAGCUCAGCAAGGAAAGCUUGUAUCUUCUCUUUUUCACUUUGCAUAUCAGCGAGAUCUGUUGUGGAAUGAUUAUAUAGUUUAGUAAAGAAUUCUGUGAAUAUUUUUGCUAUGUCUGUAGGGUUCAUGUGAUGUUUACCUGAGGCGUCUUUAAUUUUGGUGAUGUGGGUUCCAUGUUGCCUUGGUCAGAGUGACCUCGCUAACAAGGUGUCCAUCUUGUUGGCUUUUUCAAAAUAGGAGUAAAAUGUAAAAUCGCUAUCGUCCUGGUGCUGCGCUCUCCAUAUACCUAUGAGGCCUGUAUUUUGCAUGAAGAGAUGUAAUAAUUUGUCUUGUCCUCCCCUUUUGUGUGAUCUGGGGAGAUCUUUGCUAGAUCCCCUAUCUCUUGCUGGGCAUGGAGCGGCAUUAAAAUCACCCCUCACUAUUACCAUUCCAUGUGGUAAUGCAUUGAUUUCCUGAGUCAAUUCUGCCCAGAACUCCCUAGAUGGGUCAUUUGGGCCAUAAAGCUUGAGAAUAUGUAUACUAUGGGAGUACAGCGUUCCUGAUAGGAGUACAAAGCGGCCUCCCAAGUCUGUGUGUACCCUAGAAACAUUGAGUGGGCACCUACGGUGUAUCAAAAUAGCCACCCCAUUUCUCUUAUUGAGAGCUCUAGAUUCAUACGUGGUGCAGUAUACAUGGUCCCUAAGCGCAAAUUUCCCCGAUGCCUGUAUGUGUGUCUCCUUCAGGAAGGCUAUAUCGGGGUUCAAUCUCUUGAGUUCCCUAAACAUGAGGCGCCGUUUUUUAGGUGCAUUAAGGCCUUUAACGUUUAAUGACAAUAUUUUCACAGGCAUGGUCCUGCCCUGUGGGUGUCGCUGUGAUAAGGUGUAUUGUUCAGCCUACGCCAGCCGGCUCGCAUGGGGACUUCCCUCUCGAGGAACUGGCCCCUAAAUAGAAGAAAUCUCCCUUCUGUACUCACUCGCCCGCCGUGUACCAAUCUCGGAGAAGGGGGUAUACCGUCGCUGUCGCAGCAUCUGGAACCGCUAGCUCUCCCGUGUUCUGCACCCCUAGCUCAUGUAGGAAUGUCACCGGAUUGCCGCCUGGUUGCAGGAUCCUAGAGCGCCCCUCCUUGAAGGCCAUCAGCCUGAACGGAUGGCCCCACUCAUACUUGAUAGAGUGUCACUGAAGCAGUUCAGUUAUAGGUCGCCAUUCCCACCGCUGCCGCAGGGUGUACAGCGUCAGGUCCUGAUACAAGGCUAGUUCAGCUCCUCUGUACAUGAUUGGGCCCUCCCUUCCUCGCUGCAUCAAUGCUUCCUUCGUUUGUAAAAAUUGAAACUUGAUGAUGACAUCUCUAGGCCUGUUAUCGUUUGCCUUUCGGGCCGCAGCGCCCGGUGUGCUCUCUCGAUGUGCCAGUGGUUCUCUGGUAUGUUUAGAAGGAGCGGUUUAAAUAUGGAGGAGACCACCUCAAUCAGGGAGCCUUCCACCUCCUGUUCAGGCAGACCCCGCAGCCUGAUGUUGUUUCGUCGUGAGCGGUUGCCCAGGUCAUCCAGCACAGAUUCAGCCGCCGCUAACCUGGACGUUAAUAGGUUAAUUUGUGCAGCGGCCGCGUUAUGGGCUUCCACCGUGGACUCCAGUCAUUGUUCGAGGACCGCUGUUCUGGUCCCCAACGCAUGUAUCUCCGCCUUGACUUCGGCGGUAUUCCUGGCUAUUUCCGUUGCCAGGUAAGUUCUCACCUCCGCCAAGGUCUCCAGUAUCUGCUUGGCGUCCGUCUCCUGGGGUCCAGGUGUAAUGCUAGAUCCCGGGCAAGAGGGAGAUCGAGGCCCUCCAGUGCUCUCCCGUCCACCAUCUUGGGUGGUGUUUCUCAUAGCGCGGGAAGCCGCAAAGAAAUCCGACACUGUUGCGCCCUGUUCCGGUUGUUUUUUCGCCUUCUUUCUUUUUGGGCCCUUUUAUCAAUCUCAGGUUCCCCCGCAGGUAUUUAGCUGUUUAAUUUCGAACUGCCGCUUUUAUCAGCUGUUGGUCCGGCGGUCCUUCACACGGAUGCGUCCAGCUCGCUCCUACCGCAGACCACGCACCGCCAAGGUCAUACAUAGUUACAUAGUUACAUAGCUGAAAAGAGACUUGCGUCCAUCAAGUUCAGCCUUCCUCAUAUUUGUUUUUUGCUGUUGAUCCAAAAGAAGGCAAAAAAAAACAGUUUGAAGUACAAUUUUGCAACAAGCUAGGAAAAAAAUUCCUUCUUGACCCCAGAAUGGAAGUCAGAUUUAUCCUUGGAUCAAGCAGUUAUUACCCUACAUUGAAAGAUUAUAUCCUUGAAUAUUUUGUUUUUGCAAGUAUGCAUCUAGUAGCUGUUUGAACAUCUGUAUUGAGUCGGAUAAAACCACUUCUUCAGGCAGAGAAUUCCACAUCCUGAUUGUUCUUAGAGUAAAAAAACCUUUCCUUUGCCUUAGACGAAAUCUUCUUUCUUCCAGUCUAAACUCAUGACCUCGUGUCCUAUGUAAAGUCCGGUUUGUGAAUAGAUUUCCACACAAUGGUUUGUAUUGGCCCCGAAUAUAUUUGUAUAAUGUUAUCAUAUCCCCUCUCAGGCGACGUUUUUCUAAACUAAAUAGGUUUAAAUUUGUUAACCUUUCUUCAUAGCCGAUAUGUUCCAUUCCUUUUAUUAAUUUUGUAGCCCGCCUCUGCACUUUUUCUAGUGCCAUAAUAUCCUUCUUUAGAACAGGUGCCCAAAAUUGCACAGCAUAUUCAAUAUGGGGUCUUACCAGUGAUUUAUAAAGAGGCAAAAUGAUAUUCUUGUCCCGAGAAUGAAUGCCCUUUUUCAUGCAUGACAAUACCUUACUGGCCUUGACCACUGCUGAUUGACAUUGCACAUUGUUGCAUAGUUUGUUGUCUAUAACAAUUCUUAAGUCCUUUUCGUGUGUUGUUAUCCCUAAUUCGCUUCCAUUAAGGGUAUACGUUGCAUGUGUAUUCUUUACGCCGAAGUGAAUAACUUUGCAUUUUUCAACAUUAAAUUUCAUCUGCCAUUUGAGGGCCCAGGCCCCCAGUCUAUCUAAAUCCCUCUGCAGCAAAGUAAUAUCUUGCUCACAUUGUAUUAUUUUACAGAGUUUUGUGUCAUCUGCAAACACUGAAACAUGACUUUCAAUGCUGUCUAAAAUAUGUUAAAUAGAAGGGGUCCCAGAACAGACCCCUGAGGGACACCACUUGCCACCUCUGUCCAGCUUGAAAAUUUACCAUUAAUGACAACUCUUUGUACUCUGUUUUUAGGCCAAUGUUCCACCCAAGAACAUGUUUUCUGUCUGUUGUUUGUCAAUUGGUUUUGGAAAUUGGGGGAAAAUUACUUUUAACUUUUAUUUUUCCUUUCCAGCCUUCUGAUUGAGAAGAGGAUAUUUCAAGCUGUGACCAACAGGCGUCACCCAUUUCUAAUUAACAUGUUUGGCAGUUUCCACACUCAAGAUCACGCCGUUUUUGUGAUGGAAUAUGCUGCUGGGGGCGACCUAAAGACACACCUCAAGCAAGGUCCAUUUCCAGAACCCAGAGCUGUGUGAGUAUAAGCUGCAGGUCUAAUCCAAUGUUCAAAGAUAGCUAGCUCUGUGGGUUUUAGAUCGAGUGUAAACAUGAUUAGCCAUUAACAAACAUAUUAAAAAUGACUUCAUACUGUAUAACGUGAUGUAUAUCCCAUGGGCUGCUGUAUAUCUGCCUGCUGUAUGUGUCCAAUGCUGUAUCAGUGCGGUUACAUACACCGCUGUGUGCACCAACUAUAGCUUACGGUCUUGGAAGCAUCGGCAUUGGUGAAUGGAACCAGCUGUGAAUGGUAAACGACCAAUCACCAUUGUAUCAGCUGAUAAAUAACCAGCCACCAGCAGUGAGAGAGCAGAAGGAAACUUGGGAAUUAAUGCAAUAUGUCAGAACACAGAGUGACUUGGAAUAUACAGAAUUAAACCAGUUAGUAAUAAAACACUUCAUCUUCUAGAAAGUAACAGAUUUAUUUAUUAUUCCCAGAUUUUAUUCUGCCUGUGUCGUCCUGGGACUGGAGUUCUUACACCAACAGAAGAUCGUCCACCGGUAAGAUUAUAGAAAAAAACUACACAUGGUGUGUCCGUGAUAUUUGUGUUAUUGUAUUUAACCCUGUUUGUAGUAGUAAGUUAUUCAUGUUAACCAUUUAAACAGCCUAAAGAGUGAAUCCUAAACCUAAGUCCCUCUAGUGUUAUGUAAAAUGAAUAAAACGUAAUGUUCUGUAUUUUAAUAUAGAGACCUGAAAUUAGAGAAUAUUGUUCUAGACGAAAAAGGCUUCGCAAAGAUCACAGACUUUGGUCUUUGCAAAGAAGGUAAAUAUAAUUUUAUAAUUAAAACCUACCUUUUGAUAAAGUUAUUCUCACUUAGUGAGGUCAAAAUGUCCCGGCAAUGUCAGAGCUAGCUUUCAUAUAAACAACCUUUUAAUAUAUAAAAUGAUGUGUAUGAAAUGUGUGCUUCAUUCCAAAAGAAACUCUGUAACAGUAAAAGUAUUUAUUUUUAAUUUAAAGUGUCCAUGGGGUCUUUCAGGUUAUGCGGCCCCCCUUUUAAGCUAAAAUGUUUUUACUCAGUCUCUAUCCAGGGAUGAGCAGGCAGUGUCGGAUGCACACACACAUUACACACAGCCAGCACACACACUGGGGAGGAACAGAAGGAGAUAUUACUGGGAGGGCAGAGGGUGAGACACUAUGCAUAGGGCUCCAGGUAGGCAAACCCCCAAUUAUUCUAAUUGAAAUUAUUAAAGGAGAUUGGGCUACUGCUUUAGUCCUUUAUAUUUUCACACCCCUGUGGUUACCGACAUGGAGAACCGUGUCUGACAGCAUCCCAUAAACUGCUGCUGGGUAAAGGUUUAUGGAGUGAAUUCAAGCUCCACUGAAUUACAAUCUCAGCAAUAUCUAUUCAUUUAUAUUCUUAUAGGAAUAUCAGAUCCAAUACAGAAACAUGUCACCAGUCAUCAGACUUGAGCUAACCGUUAGCAUGUUCAAUUAAAGGACCACUAUAGGCACCCAGACCACUUCACUUUAAUGAAGUGGUCUGGGUGACAGGUCCAUCACUAACCCUUUCUGCUGUAAACAUGCGCAUUCAGCCGAUGCCGGGGAAAGGAGGCGGAGAGUCCCCACCGCCGAGGGAGCCCGGCGGUGGAGAAAAGGUAUGUGUUUAACCCCUUCCUCACCCUAGAGCCUGGCGGGAGGGGGACCCUAAGGGUGGAGGGGACCUAGAGACCCUAUAGUGCCAGGAAAACAAGCAUGUUUUCUUGGCACUAUAGUGGUCCUUUAAGAUUACAGAUCAGUCUAACUGAAAGUCAUUCCAAAUAUAAUUUGCUAAAACUGAAUAUCUAUCGUCAACCUAUACACAAUUCUAUUUUCCUUAUUUCUGAGGAAUCGGAUACGGAGACACAACCGGGUCCCCUAGUGGGACCCCGCAUUACGCAGCUCCUGAAGUCUUAAAGGGCGCGCAGUACACAAGAGCUGUAGACUGGUGGAGUGUUGGAGUGGUCAUUUAUGCAAUGCUGUCUGGAAAGGUAAGAACAAUCUUUCGAUAGGAAUUUGUAAACAGAUUUAUUUUCUGCAAAUCCAAAGAGACUCUACCAAUUUAAAGACGCACUCCACACACCUAAAGCAUUGUAGCUUGCUGAAAUGUUUUAUUUACGCAGUGUCCAUUUUCAUUUUAUAAAACGUGCAGAUUUCAAGGUAAAUUAACCUUGUUACACAGCUCUGACGUCAAUCAUACAAAUGGUCCUGUUACUUCCUGGUUUGUUUAGCUCAGGGGAGAUAAACUCAAGAGGCAGCAAUGGCCCAGAGCACCUGCCGUGCAAAGACUUCUCAUUGAGCUGCAUUGGGAGGUCUGUGAUUGGACAGUCACAGAAAGUCUGGGCGGGGUUAGAAGGGGAGGAUUUGUAAAGGCUGCAGACAAGAGAUCUGUAGCUUUUGCAAGCUGUUUUUAUGUUGGUAUUGCAAUAUUAAUAUUACAUCCCAACAUUCCCCUGCAUAUUAACCCUUUCCCUUCCCAAAAUAGAUCCCCAGAGAGAUACAUUCCUAGUUGUUAUAACCCCCUCUCAAUUAACCCCUAACCCCUGGUUCCCCAAUACCCAAACACCUCCCACUCCGUGAUUUGCUUGUACCAUUCCCAGAUAGUGAAAUAAAUCUCUUUCCAAUGAAUUAGCUCUAUCUUAUGCCCCUGGCCCCUGGUUACUUAGUCCUUUGGUGACUGUUUGAUAGCUGUGUGUACAUAGUGUGUGACCCUCUGUAUACUGCUCCCUGGCUAAUACCUGUACGGUAAGAGAAUGCCCAGUAGUUUUGGCCCUAAUACAUAAAACAAGCUCAAUACUUACUUGUCGAAGUCUUCCUUAUUGAUUGUUUUUAUGUCUCUGCCAAAAAGGAAAUAAAGCCAUCAUAGCCCAUUAUACCCGAACAAAAUACAAAAAUCAAUACACCAUAUUAAAAGUAAAUAAAAACACCAGGAGAGAUAAAAUAUAAUAUAGACCUUCCAGCCCUUAGUCAAAAUGGAGAUUCCCUGCUGGUGUGCAAAUCAUUCGGCUUAUUGUAAAUCCCAGCCAAUCACAGAGCAUCCCCUGAUGAUGUAUAUUAUAAGAGAGUUCGGUUCUCUUGUACAUUUCGUACAUUCAUGCACUCGCACCACACACCUUUCAUGCAUACUAAUUUAAAUAUUAUACCAUCUGUACUACUAACAUUAUAAAAACCUUAAACUAUUCAAUUAUUGCUCAGCUGUUGAUUCCUGUAGUUUACAACUUUACAAACUGAAAUCGAGUUUUUAAAAAAAAAAUGUAUUUAUUCUCUAGUUCCCCUUCGAAAGCCUUGAUAUAGACAUGCUGACUGCGAGUAUCAUCAAAGGAAAAUUUCUAUAUCCAGAAUCUCUAUCAAGAAACGCUACUUCAAUAAUAAGACAGGUUAGUCGCCACACAUGUUUCGUGUUUAAUAAAUGUAAUAGAUUAUAUGAGCCAUGAUCAAACCGUCCAUUGACCAUUGAUGAGGGAAAUUGAUCCUGGCGAGCUGCCGUAGGAUGAAUGAAUUCUAAGUUCUUGGAGGUUUCAGGAUUAGACCCUCUGCAUGGAGCCUUGCGUCUAAUAAGUACAGUAAUAAUUUAUGACAUCACAUCCCAACAUAUUGCACCAUUACUUUAUAUGAAUGGUUUGACACAAGUAAGAUAGUGAUAUAAAGUGUGUAGAAAAGAAUGGAGGUUCAGAUGAUCUUUAGAAGAGGGAAUGUAUCAGUUUUCUUACUUACUGGUCAUACACAUAUCUCAAUACCUUAAUUUGGAUGUAACUAUCUGUGUGUUAAUGCAGGUAAAGAAACUGUAAUAGCAGUAUUAGCUGUAUUUCAAGAAUCAAGUCACAUAAACACACUGGGCACGGAUCAGUGGAAAACACAAACUAUUUUAUUCUGCACAGAAUUAACACAGUGUUGACUCAUGUCUAAAAUACACUGGGCCCCAGUCCUCAGUUAACAGAGCUUAUAUAUCAUAAAUGAUGUAGUUCAUACGUAAGCGAGAUAUGUAAGGGUUACUCCCAUUACUGCAGUAAUUAAUAACCAAUUAACUAUUACUUUAUUCAUUUCCUACAUUACUGCGCAUGAAUAUUCUUAGCAUUCCUGGACAUAGGUCCUGACCCUGAUCAUGUACAGCUCUUGUCCCAAUAUAUGGUCAUAUGGCUCUCAGGCAUUUCCGAGAUGGUCUGCCACCUUCGUUACUGCCCAACAUAAUACCCAAAUAGCGAGAGUAUUGAUAUCGCCACAAGUACUUCCUAGCAGUAAACAUGUCUAGCAUUCCUGCACAUGCGCUCAGCAAAAGGGAAGUACUGCAGUUUUUAACCAUAUGUGAAUCAGAUGUUUCGUGGGCAUCCUGCAGCCUCUACUACAAAACAUUCAUUAUUACUGAGAAUUAAACCAAAACCCUGAGUAUCUGCUUAUUCAUUCUAUGACAUCCUUAAUGAUUCAUUAUUCAUUAGCCAUAAGACACUAAUAUUUAAUAUUUACAUGACAUACAGCUCACCCACUAGCGCCCUGUAUAACAAUAUAGUUGUGGGUAGUUAGCGCAGGGUAAAUCCAGAGCCCAGACAGAUAGAUUGCAAUAUAACAUCAAGGGACACCUCGUGCCGUGGUCACAUAAAGCACCGCCCACGUACGUACAUUGCUACCACCACACUUUCCUUUUCUUCUCUGCUGUCCCUUUAAGCAUCACUCACAUAGUGCAUGGCAGUUGGCUUGAAAGAGCCCGGCACGCGGAGCUAGCAACCAGCCUCCUCCCUGUGUCAAGCUCAGUACUUCUUAAUUACCCCAUGCACUUCUUAAUUGCCAUGCCACUCCCUCGUGCCACUUGCCCUACCCACUGUCUGCUUGCACAUGUCACUUGCCCUGUCCACUCUAUCCGUGUCCAUGUCAGAUAUGAUAUUAAUCCUUCACAUGCCUCAUUCACCUGCGGGUCCAUUUCACUCUCACCAUAUCAACAACCCAGUCUGCUCCCUGCUUUCCUUACGCUAUAUCACUAAUCCAUCAAUUAGUACCUCAUGCCAUUGUAACUGUGCCGCUUCUCCAUGCCAGUUCCCACCAUACAUCACUUUGCUGGUCUCAAAAAUAGAGAGACAAUAUCAAUAAAGAAAUGAUGGUUUAAUUAGUCAAACUUACUGUAACGGACCGUUUUGCGCACAAGAGGUUAAAAGCCGUUUAGGCGAUAUUCCCCUUUCAGAUGCACAGGCACAGCUACUGUAGACACCAAUCCACCGAACCGGAGAAGCAUAUGAAUGCUGUAAACAGCCGAACCGGAACCAUAUGAAUGCUGUAAACAGCCGAAUAGGAAAAACCAUACGAAUAGGUUUACACUCCUAGCAGUCAAACUGGAACAGCAUACAAUAAAUCCCCCCAAGAACGAGACAAAGCUCCAUGUUGAGGGUCAAGCAGGAACAGACAGAGCUUACACAUUAGUACCACCCACAGGGUUUUGGAAAACAACCAAUAAACACGUACAAUACACUCAGACACUCCCACACAAAAUCCUCCCCUCUGCCUGUGAUACAAUUACCUUACACAAUGGGUAAUGUAAUUAUAACAAGCAGAGAAAUAAACAUUUUCCACAUUAUUCAUAACUUGAAAAGUAUGCAUCACAUUCACAUAUAACUUAAAUUUUCAGAAUCAGCAUACUCCAAAUAUAAACAUACGUCAAAAUCAUACAAAUUGGUCCAGUGGUUCAAAAGAUAGAUCGUAGUCCUUGUGACCAAAGGAAGCAUGGCUUUUCGGCUCAAAACCAGUUCUACAGAGUCUUCUAUCCUGGAGAUAAUUGGGAAGUAAUCCAAUUAUCUCCAAAGACAGAGGCAAAACUCCAUUGAACACAUGGCAGCAAAAGACAAUAAAACACAUAAAAAUAUAUCUGUGCAUCCAUUGCACAAAACAGGUACAUUCAACAUAUCCCCAGAUAGCUCAGAUCUGAGCGCACAUUAUUACUGAAUGACGCUCAGAGCACACACAUACAGUUCAAUUGCCAUGGAGCCAAAGUCUUUCCCAUAGUCUUUCAUUAUACGAAUGGGCUCCAUGGCAUAGCUAUCUGGGGUAUCACCGCUCAAACAGGGCAAGCACCAAAUGACCCGGCUUUCAUGUCUUUGCAGGGGAAAAUCAAGCCUUUUAACAUGGGGCCAUAAUCCAAAGGCAACAGGCGAGCAACCAGGCUUCUCCAAUGCAAUGUGGCGAGAUUGGUCUCGUCACAUCUGUCCCCUUUUCCAAACAGACUAACAGGGUAUCUGACCUCCUGCCGGUCAGUGCCCUUGUUAGUCCAGCAGCCCACCCACAACACACAAACAGUAAUACAGCCCACCCACAAUAAAUGGUUACUACACCUGGGUAGAGGAGAACUUUGUCCAUGUCCAGGUGCCUCACCACGGCUGUGUGGGUAACUGGUAAGCUGACUUGGUGGGUUGCUGAGUGAGCAGAGACCAGCGGUACUCUGCCCUGGUGCAGCAUACUCCAAAUACAAACAUAUGUCAAAAUCAUACAAAUUGGUCCAGUGGUUCACAGGAUAGCUCAUCACACUUACUUACUUACUCCAAUGCAAUGUGGCGAGAUUGGUCUUACUUACCUAGUGAUCCAUCAUGUUGCCUCCAUUCCCAAGGGGUAUUAGAAGAGUUUGCAUAGGGUACUGUCGAUGGUGUCACAUACUCCGUCCACUCUCUCUGAGGAGUAUCAUGUGAGUAGGAGAAAAUGCUUUCAGUCUCACACAUAACAACCAUGAUGAGGAAGUGGUAUGGCAAUUAAGAAGUGCAUGGGGCAAGUAAGUACUGAGCUUGACACAGGGAGGAGGUUGCUAGCUCCGAGUGUCAGGCUCUUUCAAGCCAUCUGCCCUGCACUACAUGAGUUCUGCUUAAAGGGACAGCAGAGAAGAAAAGGAAAGUGUUGUGGUCGCAAUGUACGUAUAUGGGUGGUGCUUUAUGUGAUCACAGCAAAUGAAAAAUGAAUCUGCUACUUGGCUUGCUGCUUGGGGGGAAACACCUGCCCCCCUCCGCUAUCCAUACCUGGGUUGUAGACAGACAUUGGUUAAGCUGCAGAUAUUUAGAGCCCUACAUUGAUUAUAAUAAACAGGAAGCUAGCAAGCAGUAACCAUGAAUCAUGCCAGCAGUCAGGACAAUGUCCGGGCAGCAGUGACAUGUUAUGUUCUGCUUGUUGAUCUCUGCAUUACACAGCGUGAGUGAUAACGACAUCCGUUACUCUACCGUCAGAGAAAAUGCAUGUAAUUCUGAUGUUUAUUAUUAAAAUAAACAAUAUGUAUAUUUAAAAAAAAAUUCCCCAUUACAGCUUCUCACUAAAAAAGUAAAGGCACGACUAGGAGCCGACAAGAAAGACGCCCAGGACGUUAAGGCACACCCUUUUUUCCAAGUACGUACAUUUUGAAAUAGAACUUCUUAUUCGUUUUUAGUCAAGAAAAACAUAUUAUUGAGCAUCUCGUUAAGAUAAAAUCUAUGAAAUACUCAUGCUGAGUGCACUGAAAUGUCACUGAAAUUCUAACAUAGUCCAAAGAUAAUUUAGGAUAAAGUAGGGACUGCUUUGUCUUAGGGUUAGGUCUGAGGUUGACACGAGGUCGAACUUCUGCUGUUUAGUUUCCCACAUCCCAGGUGACAGAGUCCCUUUAAGAUAGAAUUAUCAGGAAAGACUCAUUCUAACAGCUGAAUGAACAUUCUAAGUUAGUUGUGUGAUUAGAAAACAUAGUGUCCUAUUUACAUCCAUUUAAGGAAUCAUGGUAAAAUGAUACCCAGCUUGUGUAUCUGAUCACCCAGAACCCGCAGCAGCAGUAAGUGUUAUAACUUUCUGUGCUGCUAACUUUACCUCCAUAAACACAUCACCAGCAGUUAGUGGGCCAGGAAAAGAAGGAAUCUCACCAUCUCAAACAUGAAGCUGUCACUUUAACAGAUUACUAUCCCACCAGCUCCCAUUAACCAUCUCUAUGUGAAGAAUGGGGAGCAAACUGGAAACCUGCCUGGUGCCCCCUGUAAACAUAACCACCAUAACCACUGCACCCUCCCAUUUGUGAAUGAUUUGACAGCUUACCUGGGGUCCGUUGUGCACUGUUCACGAUCAGGUCAUUGGCUGAGAGUGUUAGCUUAGUAUUCUCAGCCAAUGAGUACCUCCAUGCAUCCCCAGGCUAGGAGAGUGCAGCAAGCUUCCGGACUGCGGAGGAGACGCAACCGGCGGACCACAGGUAAAUUGUUAAACCAUUCACAGACAGCUUGGCUUCACACACUAGUAGGGGGCCAUGGAACUCAUGGCACCAUUACCACUACAGAUUAAUGUAGUGGUUAUGGUGCUUAGACUGUUCUUUUAAGGUAAUUUGAGAAUCAGGUUAAAGAAUCCCAUUGGGAUCUGUACAGAAUGUAGCUUUCUGGACAUAUUAUCUGUAAUUCUGUGUUAUAUAUAGUUAUUUUACUGAUUUACUCAAUGAUGUACAUUCCUUUCCAGCACAUUGACUGGGCUGCAUUAUUAUUAAAGAAUGUGACGCCACCAUUUGUGCCCACCAUUGACGGACCUGAAGAUGUCAGCAAUUUUAGUUGCAUGUUUACAUUAGAAUAUCCUAAGUUAACUCCAACCAAAAGGCGAACUGAAAUUCCGUGCUACGAGGCGGAGGCAUUUGAGGACUUUAAUUGGAGGGCUGAUUGGAAUUAAUGUAAUAAGCAUUAGUCCACCCACCUUCUAGCCUGCAAACACGCCUUCCACCCAAAGACACACACAAAAGAAACCACACACAGAUAUAUAUCGUAGACUUAACCACACUUAUUUUUUACCUAGUGAAAAUACACACACAGACACACAUACAGAUGCAAACACUGACACAAAUGCAGACUCACACAUACACAGGCUCAUACAUACACAGGUACAUACAUCUAAAUACACGGACAUACAAAGACAGAUACACAGACACACAGGUGCAUAAAUGGAUACACACUGGCACACAUACAGAUAUAGAGAUACACUCACAGACAAACAUGCAGACACACGCUAAAACACAGACACACAGACCCUGACAUAUAUGCAGAUACACACAAUAACACACAUACAGAUACAUACACGGACACACAUGCAGUUACACAAACACACACUAAUACACAUACUGACACAUAUACAGAUACACAGACACACUUACUGACACACGUGCAGGUCAGGGAUGUAUUAGCUGCGAGGCAAACAAGGCAUUUGCCUUGGGCGGCAUUUUCCCGGGGGAGCAAGAAAAGCCACCCCCAAAUGCCAAGGGCAAAUGUCUUGUUAGCCUUGCGGCUAACUGACAAGCCAGGAGGGCGGGCUACGCUGACGAGGGAGCACUGAUUAGUGAGUUCUCUGCUCAGCUCCCUCGCGCGCCGCAGAGUGAUGCUGGGAGCUGGAAUAUGAUAUCAUAUUCAGGCUCCCGGGAUCACUCUGCGGCGCGCGAGGGAGCUGAGCAGAGAGCUCACUAAUCAGUGCUCCGUCGCCAGCGCUGCCCGCCCAGCAGCCACUGAAUUCCAGGGAAAGGGAGAACCCCCCGCAGCAUUCCCAAAGGUAAGGAGGCUAGGGGUUGAAUUAAAAAAAAAAGUGAGCGUGUUAAUGUGUGUGUGUCUGUUAGUGUGUGUGUUAGUGUGUGUAUGUGUCUGUUAGUGUAUGUGUGUGUGUGUCUGUUAGUGUGUGUGAGUGUGUGUAUGUCAGGGAGUGUGUCUGUUAGGGAGUGUGUUACUAUGUGUGUGUCUGUUAGUGAGAGUGUAUGCGUGUUUGUUAUUGAAUGAGGGGUUUAUGAGACACACAGAGGGGGUGGGCUGUGAAUAAGACAGAGAGCGGCUGGGAGGUUAAAGAGACACAUGGAAGUGCUGGGGAAUGAAUGUGACACAUGGAAGGUCAGAGGGUGAAUGAGACACAUGGAGGGGCUGGGGGAAUGAAUGAAACAGACAGAGAGGGUUAAUGAGACACAUGGAGGGGCUGGGGAACAAAGAGACACACAGUGAGGCACAAAAACAAACAGUGGGCACAAAGACACACAGAGAGUCUGGGGGGCACACAGAGGGGUACUAAGAGGCACACAGAAGGGCAGGGGAGUCAAACUGGCUCAGAGGGGCUAGUGACUGUAUGUGUCUGUUAGUGAGUGUGUAUGCCUGUUAGCUAGCGUAUGCGUGUCUGUCAGUGAAUGUGUGUGUGUAUUUAGAAGGCGGGGAAGGGUGGGGUGGCGCGGGGGGGGGACGGACUCAUGAGUUUUGUCAUGCCUAGGGCAGCACAAAACCAGGAUACACCACUGAUGCAGGUACACAUGCACAAAUACGCAUACAGAGACUCAUACAGACACACAGAUACACAGACACAUGCAUAUACACAUACAUAUAAUGUCUUUGUAUAAUCCCAUUACUAUGUAAUUCUAUGACAUUUUCAUUAAUAAACAAUCAAAUUUAACAAAAUAUAUUUACUGGAGGAAUGUUAUUUUUUGUUCUAUGAAAUGUUUUAUUGAACAGGGUUAUUCAGUAAAAUGAGAAGUCAAAGUGAAAUUGGAAAAUAAAGGUCAAAAUAGCUGAAACAGAAACACCCUCCAAGCCAUCUAUGAAUCCAGUUUGGCUACUUUGGCCUUACAUUUGAAAUUAACUUUGAAUUCUCACUUUAGUGAAUAAUCCUGCAUAGUUCUGAACUGAGUGUAAUGUGUAGAUUGUGUGAGAGAAAGCUUGUAGAAGGAAAAGAGAAGAAUUGAGAAUUAAAAAAAAUCAACAGCCAGUAAAAAGGGAAUCACCUUUCUUUAAGAACGUGUAAAAUUUUGUCCCGAAAUGCAAUUAAUUCGAAUUUUGGCCACUCUGUUAAUCGUCUAAAUUCCCGAACUCCGAACCUACAUAUGGACAAACAACUCUAUUAUUCGUUAUUCUGUUAUUAUCGCCAAAGAAGGAGGAAUAGAAAGAAGGAGAAGCUGAAUUUAUUUGGAAAGGGGGAAGGGUGUGGGGAAGGGGUAUGGGGAGGGGGCCAAUCCUAUGGGCUGUAUCUCCUGUCCAAUUAAGAGGAAGGAAACAGCUGAUUGAUGGCUAGGGGACAGCAACUAAUUGUUGAUUUUAUCCACGAUCGAGUGCCAACUGACCAAUAGAGAGAAAAAGUAGGAGCGGUAGGUCCAGUGGGUUUUGUUCAAAUGUGUGAUUACUGUGCAGUGCGCUGUGUGCUCUGUGCUGUGUGCUCUGCGCUGUUUGCUCUGUGCAGUGUGCUGUGUGCUCUGCGCUGUGCGCUCUGCGCUGUGUGCUCUGCGUAGCAUAGUGUUUCUUAAACGGUUUCUCAUCAUAACCACUUCAGCUCUCUGUUAUGGUUAUGAUGCCAAGAGUUACCUGGUCCUGCUUCUGGUAAUGAGGCAAACCGUUAAGCUCCUAGAGUGCCCAAAUCUAUUACAUCAUUCUUCAUGGUUUUAAAUUAAGGAUUAAAUGGAUUGCAAAGACCUACAAAUGCUCCUAUUUCCCAUUUCUACUUGUAUAUACAGUGUUGGGUGGCACCAAGGCGAAUACUUCCAAGGUAGAGUGCCCGUUUUCUUAUUAUUUAUGGAUUGGGGGCUUAAUGAGACACAUGGAGGAGUUGGGGGGCUUACUGAGACAUGGAUGCGUUGAGACACAUGGGGUGGCUUACACAUGGAGGGGCUUGUAUUGUUAGUGAGACACACAAAGGGCUGAGGGGUUUAUGAGACACACAGAGGGGGUGGGUUGUGAAUAAGACACAGAGAGGGGCUGGGAGGUUAAAGAGACACAUGGAAGUGCUGGGGAAUGAAUGAAACAGACAGAGAGGGUUAAUGAGACACAUGGAGGGGCUGGGGAACAAAGAGACACACAGUGAGGCACAAAAACAAACAGCGGGCACAAAGACACACAGAGAGUCUGGGGGGCACACAGAGGGGUACUAAGAGGCACACAGAAGGGCAGGGGAGUCAAACUGGCUCAGAGGGGCUGUGAAAGUGAAUAAACAGACAUAGGGACUGGGGGAAGAAAGAGGCCUGCCAGCCACACCAGUCUGCUAGCAACUCACAGCAGCUGUCCUGACUUCCAGUCGGCCCCAGCAGCCAGCUUUUCUGCCAGUCGGCCACUGCAGUCAGUCCCAGUUUGCCGGCCACAGCAGCCAGUAAUAGUAAUUAAGGUGAGAAGAGCCAACUUGGGCUGGGUAUCAGAGAGAUGUUAUAUUACUAUAUUGUGAAUGGGGGGCAGAGUAUUAGAGAGACUCACCAGGUUCUAUUGGACUCCAUUGUAGUCUCUAAUGGGGGCCUUGAGGGAACUCUUUCUAACAUACAGUUUACAAAUUUGUGUAAUAAUUAUUUUUGAAAACAUAAAAAAAUAGUGGGUGUUUUUUACAUUCUAAAGUUGAGGUAGGGCUAUCAAAUACAGGAUCUGCUGAGUGCCAAAUGCUCUAGGUAUGCUCCUGAGAGGACAUCAGGUAAUGGAGAUCAAUAAAACCCUAAAACAGAGUCCCAACGAAACCCUAGAUCCCAGUGUGUGAAUAAAUCCCUGGAUCCCUGAGCGGACAGGUACUCCGACAACAGUCCGAUGCAUAGUGAAUCCACAGAGCUGGGUAUUGGCGCCAAAUAAAAAAAAUUCCCUAAAACUCUGAGGUGCCCAGUAAGUACGUCCUAAAAACAUGAUGAUGCGUUUCGCCUGGGCGGCUUCUUCAGAUCACGUCGUAGUUCAGCCAUCCUGUUAUAUUUAAGUUCGCUGUGGUAGGCGUGACAUAUUAGAAAUAUAUAUUUCUUUCCUCCUGUAUUUUAUGCACUUUGCUCCACUUUAUUUUUAGUACACUACUUAGUAAGUUUUUUUAUAUUUAUCACUAAGUGCACUUUAAAAUAUUGCACAAUAUUUUAUUUCAUGUUUUUAUAUACACUUUUUGUUAGCACUUUAUAGUGCACUGGUACUCGCACUUUAUUCAUACACUGUAUAGUAUUUUAAAGGUACAGCGCACCUUUUUAUCUCAUAUUGUAAAUCUAAUUGAUAACUAUAAAAAAGAAUGUGAUCGACUGGAAACUGAUCUUAAUCAGAACAGAGGAGGUAUGUAAUAUUAAUAUUAAUAAAAAUGCAAAAAAAAUCAUUUUAAAUGUAUGCUUAUUAAUGCAAGGAGCCUAAAUAACAAAAUGGGGGAACUAGAGGCAUUAGCAUACACUAAACAAUAUGAUAUAAUAGGCAUAACAGAAACAUGGUGGGAUGAGACACAUGACUGGGCAGCUAACUUAAAUGGGUACAUGUUAUUUAGGAAGGAUAGGAAAAACAAGAAGGGUGGUGGGGUAUGUUUGUAUGUCAAACAUGAUUUAAAGCCAAAUGUUAAGCAAAUGGAAUGCGAGGAGGAUAAUGUGGAAGCUUUAUGGGUAAAUAUCUGCUUGGGGGAAAAGAAGGGAAACCAACUAUUGGUUGGGAUAUGUUAUAAACCACCUAAUGUUAAUAUUGUCGAGGAACAACAGCUGUUUUAGCAAACGGAGAAAGCUGCAAAUCUGGGUAACACGUUCUUGGAGAUUUUAAUUACUCGGACAUAAAUUGGGACAGAGGGACUAGUAAUUCAGCAAAGGGAAUCAGGUUUUUGAACUUGUUCAGUGACUGGGGACCUUCAUGUCACAACUGGUACAAGCACCAACUAGAAAAGACGCUUGUCUGGACCUGGUUUUAACAACAUUGAUCUUUUGACCAACAUUCAAGUAGGUGAGUACUUGGGAAAUAGUGAUCACAAUAUAGUGUCCUUUGAAAUAAACUCAAAAAAACAAAAGCACAUGGGGAAUACUAAAACAUAAUUUUAAGAAAGCCAAUUUCAAGUUAAGGGAAGCUUUACAAUAUAUUGACUGGCAUAAACUCUUUAGUGAAAAGAACACUGAGGAUAAUUAGAAUAUCUUCAAACAUUGUCUGGGCCCCCUCCAGGCAUUUCCGGCAGCGCAGAGGCGCAGCUGGCUGCACCGCGCAGGAUUAGGCGCAAAGCGCAGUGUGGGUCUACUAAGGGGGGUGUAGCUAAGGUGUCGGCUCCGGGUUCAGGUGGUAUUUUAAUGAUUUAAUAAAUUUCGUAUUUUACAUAAAAAAGUUUGCCAUCUUUAUUUUACAGGCCUACCGGUACGUCGGAUUCAGCACAUCUCAACUGACUUAUGUAUUGUAACGAAAUCCCCUAUUUACAGACUAUACGAACAAGCCUGUUAGGUUAUUUGGAGAAUUACAGCGGGAUUUCGUGGAAAUAACAAUAAAUGCGAAAGUGGCCGACCCCAGAUAGCUAUAGUAUGGAACUUUCAGUCGGCUGCAAACACACGAAUGGCCGGUGAAAGUCAAACUUCGGUCGACGAUUCUGAGAACUGUGUUCGUGGGAUCUGAGCGCUAUUCGCCUAGAAUAUGCCCUCAGAUCCAAGCUAUCUGGGGAUAUGUGGAACUUAAAGUUUAUGUUGUGUAAAAAGAAAGUUAUAUAUUUUUAUUCUGUUUUGCUAAAUAAGAAAAGCCAUGCUUCUUUCUUCCUGGAGAUAAUUAAGGCUCUCUUUGCUACCUUAAGUUAAUUAUCUCCAGGAUGGAAAAGAGGGAGUGAUUUAUGUAAAAGGGGAGUGCUUAUGCUAUAGCCACUGUGAUUGGCUACUGUGUUACUUUUGUCCCAGUCUUCCAUCUGGUCCCCUAGGGGAGUGUCCACCAGGUGGAAGACCUGCAUAAAUACCGGGCGGGUAGCCCACAGUAAAUCAGAUCGUUUUACCCCUUCAUGAAGUCUCGACUCAUGUUUGGGGGAUUGGGAGCUAUAAUCACUUCGUUUCAGUUGGAUUUCGGGAGAAGCUGCAAGGAUAAUCGCUGCACGAAUGCAAGGAUCCUUUACACUGGUGGCAAGCAGCGGGAUUUCCUCCCGAACGGACAUACCGAAUUGAAACAAGGGGUGAAUGGCGCAUAGAUACGAACGCUUGAAACGAAAUACAUUGAAGGAACUGCUGGAAACUCGAGGCAUAGUGGCAAGCAACAAACCGAAAGCCACGUUAAUAGCCGAACUACUGGAGAGGGAUCAAACCGGCGAACCACAAAUGGCGAAUGCAGAGGAAAAAUAGUUCCAGAGGGAUGUGAGAUGGAGACUCAGCCUGGUAGGACCUAACCCUGCACCAGAGAUCGUGGUACAGAUCUUGGCACAAGCUACAGAGUCCCAGAAUGCCAGGGAAGCACGAGAAGCCAGAGACAGAUCACCUCCUGUGGAUAUAUUGUCACUAUCUGGAUCUACAAUGGGGCGUCAGCGGAAAAUCAACUACGCUGCAUUUAAAAGCUUCGUGGAAGGUGAGAUGGAUAUUGAUAAUUACUUGCAAGAUUUUGAAAGACAAUGUGUGUUAGAAGAUUUGGAAAGAGCUAACUGGGCUGCAGUAUUAAGUAGUAAACUAUCAGGUAGAGCAGCCGAAGCGUUGAGAGCUGUGCCAGAUGGGGAUAUACAAAACUAUGACAAGAUAAAAGAAAUUUUGUUAGCCCGGUACGCUGUAACUCCUGAAGCCCAUAGAAGGAAAUUCAGGGCCCUCAGAAGACAAGGCAAGGAUUCAUAUACGGAGUGGGCAUUUCGUAUGCAACGCGCUGCCAGCAAUUGGAUGCAGGGGAAUCAGGCAACUACCCUAGAGGAUGCUGUGCAAUUGUUGUUACUGGAGCAAUUUUUUGAUUAUACUCCAGCGGAGGUGAGAGACUGGGUCAGAGACAGAAAGCCAAAAAUGGUGGAGGAGGCAGCAAGGCUGGCAGACGAAUUCCAUGAGAGCAGGCGGAUGGAUGGAAACCGAGGGGUCCAGGGCCAGCGGCCUGCAUCUGGCCCGCCAACUAUGCCACAGAGGGUACCACCACCAGGGAGCAAUACCACAACCCCGGGGUACCAAAAGACCGCUCCAAUGUGUUAUGGGUGCAAGCAAGUGGGGCACAUCAAACCUAAUUGCCCACAACGCACUACAGACCGCUGGGGGCGGGCACCGGUACCACCAACCAAAGCAGCCGCACACUGUGUGCAAGAGGAUUACAACUCUCUGACUCAAGAGACACCCAGUAGCAACAGUGAGAAUUGGGCCACCUUACAUGAGGUGAACCCUGUGCAAGCGGCUGGGGAUAACAGGGCGCACCACCGCCAGUCAGUAAAGCUCAAUGGACAAGAGGCUCGGGGACUAAGAGACAGCGGGGCUACUAUUACCUUGGUCCAGCCACACCGGGUCACCCCGACCCAGCACACAGGACGCACCAUUGCUCUAAGGGUGGCCGGAGGGGCAAUUCACAAACUACCAACAGCCCGGGUUCACAUUGAUUGGGGUACAGGGGCCAAGGCCGUAGAAGUGGGCAUCAUGCCAGAUUUGCCCUCGGAAGUAUUGCUGGGGAAUGAUCUAGGAUGCCUGACGUCCCAAUUGGCAGCCUGCAGUCCAGAAGGAGCACUACCUGUUACCACCCGGCAACAAUCCAGAGCUAUGGAAGCCUCCCCCUCAACCCAUGACCAGGUAAGCGAUAACCCUCUGACGAUUCCCCCUGACCAUACUUCUUACUGGGGUACCCCUCAACACUUUGAGCAAGCGCAACGGGAAGAUCCCACCUUAAAAGGGUAUCGGAGGGAGGCAGAACAACCCCAGGGAGACAGAGAUCAGGCAAGGUUUAGCUGGGAAAAGGGUUUACUGUACCGAGUGACUGGGGGGACAGGGACAGGAGCGGGCCAGGUAGAAAAAAGACAGUUAAUAGUACCCCGUAAGUAUCGAGUAGAACUGUUGCGGAUUAGCCAUGAUAUUCCCCUAGCAGGUCACUUUGGCAUUAAAAAGACGAGAGACAGACUCACCCAGUCCUUUUUCUGGCCAGGUGUCACUAGAGAUUUGCAGGAUUAUUGUAGGACCUGCGAAAUAUGCCAAAAGGUAGGGAAAAGAGGGGAUCACCCCAGGGCAAAACUACGCCCCCUACCCAUUAUUGAGGAACCCUUUUUCCGAGUGGCAGUUGAUUUAGUCGGGCCACUCAGUAAACCCAGUCCAUCCGGUAAGAAAUACAUUCUUACUGUGGUGGACUACGCUACCCGCUACCCUGAAGCUAUAGCUCUGUCCAAUAUACAUGCAGAGACGGUAGCGGAAGCACUAGUUCAGGUAUUCACUAGGGUGGGAUUCCCUAGGGAGAUAGUGUCAGAUCAGGGAACCCAAUUCACCGCGGUGGUUACCCAACAGCUCUGGCAGAGCUGGGGGGUAAAACCCAUAUUAAGCUCUCCCUAUCACCCCCAAACCAAUGGCCUCUGUGAACGUUUUAACGGCACCCUUAAGCAAAUGCUUAUCACGUUCACAGAGACCUGUAGGAAUUGGGAAAGAUUCCUCCCUCAUUUGCUCUUUGCCUAUAGGGAAGUUCCCCAGGAGUCCACCGGAUUCUCCCCGUUCGAGCUAUUAUACGGGAGACGGGUUCGGGGACCCCUGGAUCUAGUACGGGAACAUUGGGAGGGUGAUAUGGAACAAGCAGGUACCCCUAUAGUCUCCUUUGUACUAGAGCUGAGGGACCGGCUACAGGCUCUGACCGAAACAGUUCGGGAGAACCUGCGAGCCGCCCAACAACGGCAGAAGUACUGGUAUGACAAGGGAGCUAGAGACCGUAUAUUAGAAGUGGGACAAAAGGUCCUAGUGCUUAAACCUAUCAAAACAGAUAAGUUACAGGCAUCCUGUCAGGGCCCCUACACUGUAAUAGAGCGGAUCAGUGAUACCACGUACUUUGUGGCAGACUGUUCCAAUGAAAGGAUCCGGCGGUCCUUCCAUGUAAACAUGCUCAAGCCAUAUCUCGAGAGACCAGAGGAGGUCUCCGCGGUAUGCGCUCCAGCAUAUGAAGAUAGUGAGGGUAUCCCUUUACCAGAUAUGCUUCCCCAGGAACCCACAGGAGUAGACCAGGUACAGUUGGGUCCAGAAUUAGGUUCCCAGGAACAAGCUCAGGCUUCCCAACUGUUAAAGGAAUUUGGGGGCAUGUUUUUAGCAGCCCCAGGGUAUACGACCCUGGCAGUCCACAGAGUGGAGACCCCAGACCAGUUACCCCUGCGGCAGCAGCCUUACCGAAUUCCAGAGGCAGUACGGGAAAGCAUGUUAACGGAACUCCAGGACAUGUUAGAACUGGAGGUCAUAGAACCGUCCCAAAGCCCCUGGGCUUCCCCAGUAGUGCUGGUUCCUAAAAAAGACGGUACCACCAGGUUCUGCGUGGACUACCAUAAGCUAAAUGAUCGGACCGUUACCCACGCAUGCCCAGAGUAGACGAGCUGCUAGACCGUAUGGCUGGGGGGAAUUAUUUGACCACUAUUGAUUUGUGCAAGGGAUAUUGGCAAAUCCCUUUGGAGCCUGAGGCCAUUCCAAAAUCGGCAUUUGUCACCCCAUUUGGCCUAUACCAGUUUAAGGUUAUGCCAUUUGGGAUGAAGAAUGCCCCAGCUACGUUUCAAAGGAUGGCAGACCGGCUCCUAGAGGGAUUUCAGGGCUUUGCUUGUGCUUACCUGGACGAUAUAGCUAUCUUCAGUGGCACUUGGGAAGCCCACCUGGAGCACAUCUCAGUAGUGCUCAACCGAAUUCAGAAUUCAGGGCUAACCUUGAAGCCUGAGAAAUGCCACGUGGGCAUGGCUGAAGUCCAAUAUUUAGGUCACAGAGUAGGGUCAGGAAAACAGAGACCAGAGCCCGCUAAGAUUGAGGCCAUCACCCAGUGGCCUCAACCCCGGACGAAAACCCAGGUCAUGGCGUUCUUGGGCACCGCAGGUUAUUACAGGAAAUUUGUAGCGGAAUACAGUGCCCUUGCCAAACCCUUGACAGACCUCACCAAAAUGUCCGUACCCCGACAAGUAGUCUGGUCCACUGAGUGUGAGGAGGCGUUCCAGAAACUCAAGGCUGCGUUAAGUGCAUCUCCUGUGUUAGCGGCACCUGAUCAUACUAAAAGGUUUCUCGUCCACACAGAUGCCUCAAUGUUUGGACUGGGAGCAGUAUUGAGCCAGGUGGGAGACGAUGGCAUGGAUCACCCGGUGGUGUAUCUGAGCCGAAAACUAUUACCCCGCGAAGUCAUCUAUGCCACCGUGGAGAAAGAGUGUCUGGCAUUAGUCUGGGCACUUAAGAAACUACAACCCUACUUGUAUGGACGCUCUUUCACAGUGCUGACUGACCACAACCCUUUAAUUUGGCUUAACAGAGUAGCUGGCGAUAACCCCAGACUACUCAGAUGGAGCUUGGCACUGCAACCCUAUAAUUUUACAAUGCAGUAUCGCCCCGGGAAACAGAAUGCCAAUGCCGAUGGCCUGUCCCGGCAAACUGAACUGGAAAAGUAGUUAUUUUUGUUUGUUUCUCCUGUGCUACCGGACAUCCCUUAGCCGACCCGUUAGGAUCUAAGCAGGUAUGCCGUUCCAUGGGACUAAGGGGGAGCUGUGUAACGAAAUCCCCUAUUUAUAGAUUAUACGAACAAGCCUGUUAGGUUAUUUGGAGAAUUACAGCGGGAUUUCGUGGAAAUAACAAUAAAUGCGAAAGUGGCCAACCCCAGAUAGCUAUAGUAUGGAACUUGCAGUCGGCUGCAAACACACGAACGGCCGGUGAAAGUCAAACUUCGGUCGACGAUUCUGAGAACUGUGUUCGUGGGAUCUGAGCGCUAUUCGCCUAGAAUAUGCCCUCAGAUCCAAGCUAUCUGGGGAUAUGUGGAACUUAAAGUUUAUGUUGUGUAAAAAGAAAGUUAUAUAUUUUUAUUCUGUUUUGCUAAAUAAGAAAAGCCAUGCUUCUUUCUUCCUGGAGAUAAUUAAGGCUCUCUUUGCUACCUUAAGUUAAUUAUCUCCAGGAUGGAAAAGAGGGAGUGAUUUAUGUAAAAGGGGAGUGCUUAUGCUAUAGCCACUGUGAUUGGCUACUGUGUUACUUUUGUCCCAGUCUUCCAUCUGGUCCCCUAGGGGAGUGUCCACCAGGUGGAAGACCUGCAUAAAUACCGGGCGGGUAGCCCACAGUAAAUCAGAUCGUUUUACCCCUUCAUGAAGUCUCGACUCAUGUUUGGGGGAUUGGGGGCUAUAAUCACUUCGUUUCAGUUGGAUUUCGGGAGAAGCUGCAAGGAUCAUCGCUGCACGAAUAGAAGGAUCCUUUACAUGUAUAUUCCAUGUUACGUUUCUUAUGUGUCUUACAGUUUAUGGCCUUUUAUGUCCCGACUAAUGAUGUCCUGAACGGUUCGCCACGGAUGGCGAACAUAUGCGCUGUUCGAUCCGCCCCCUAUGUCAUCAUUGAGUAAACUUUGACCCUCUACCUCACAGUCAGCAGACACAUUUCAGCCAAUCAGCAGCAGACCCUCCCUCCCAGACCCUCCCACCUCCUGGCCAGCAUCCAUUUUACAUUCAUUGUAAAGCUGCAUUCUUAGUGAGCUGUCCAGGGAUAAAUUCAACAGUUAAACUGCUACAAUGCCCCAAAAUGAGACUUGCCCCAUCAAAUUCAUCUAUCAAAAUUAUCACUGUGAAAACUGAAAUGGUCACGUCUCUUUUAUGGCACUGUAACUUCACAGGAUAAAGGCAAAGGCAUAGAUUGGGGGUAUCGUUUUACUCAGUAUAUAUGGCUGAACACAUUACGGGGUUUUCUAAAGCAGUAGUAUAUAUCAGCAUUAUAAAAUACACAUUAAAAAUCCUUGUUUUAUGUGUGUAUGUUAGAAAUCUUUUUUACUACACUAUUUAGCAGAGAUUGGCAGCGUAAAAAAUGUCAGAAUACCCUUUGGUAAAUAGCCUGUGAUGUGUGCUUUAUAUAAAUAUAUACUUUUGUGCAGCAAUUUUGCUUUCUGUGAUGGCUAUUAAGCUUUCAAGACAAACAUACCAAAUUCUAAACCAUGACCAUGGGUCUGGGAGGGAGGGUCUGCUGCUGAUUGGCUGGAAUGUGUCUGCUGACUGUGAGGUACAGGGUCAAAGUUUACUCAAUGAUGACCUAUAGGGGGCGGACCGAACAGUGCAUAUGUUCGCCAUCCGUGGCGAACCGUUCGGCGAACCGUUCGGGACAUCACUAGUCCCGACCACAAAUAUAUAUGUUAAACAUAGAAAUAUAGCCUACACACACUGUCACCCCCCACAAUUACAACCACUGCCCCCUCUACUUUGACCCCACAGUUUUCCAUAUUGUCAACCCCUUUAGUCACCCCUACAGUCCUCUCCUCCUGUUAUACCAACAAUUUCCUCUUACCAUUACUUCCGCAUUGCUUCGCACCCCAUAGUCAGUCACAGGACACACAGUAACCCUCAUACACGCGUGGUCAUCCACAACACAUAGUCACCCUAAAACACAUAGUAAUGCCCACACACAACAAACAUCCUUCCCAAAAAACUAUACACAACAAGACCACAAGCAGCCAUAAUACAAACAACACACAUCAAACAGCUAUACACACACAGCAUACAUACUUAUACACAAUCACAGACACACUCAUGGGUAGUGUGAGAAUAAAUUUGGAGUAAUACAAUAUUAAAAAUAAUCUUUUAUAAAAAUCAAAAAAUAAUAAUUUGUAUUAAUAUAAAAAAUCUAUAUUAUGGCACUAUAUCGCUUUAUUAAUUUAAGCUAAGAGUUAACUCACUAUUUGUUUUAACCCUUCCAGACCUUUGAGUUCGUUUAUUAGAGAAUUUAGACUUCACACCAUAAUUCACAAUAUUUAUAAAAAUACACAUUUAUUGUGAUAAUUAAAUAACAUUUAUGCGUGACAAUCUGUGAAUAUUUUCAAUAACAAAAGGUUAUUCCUCUGAUAGACAGCCACUAGGGGAGGACGUAAGCCUGCAAGGUAAUUAUUGCAGUUUAUUACACAGGGUUAAGGGUGAUGGGAGUUGGCACCCAGACUCCUCCAAUGGGCAGAAGUGGUGUGGGUGCCUGGAGGGUCCUUUUAAUACAUAAAAUACAGACUCUAUCAGUUUUAGGGCUGUUCAGUCUUUCCUGAGAUUAAUGGGAGUCGCCCCCCUCCCUGCAAGGGAGCAGCCGCUAUCUGUAGCUGCCAUCAUUAAUUCAGCCCUCUCAUUUUACUGACAUGUUGUGGAAAGGGCUUCACAGAGAGAGAGAAACAUAUUGUGAGCUAUUCACUAAACAAACAAUUGCAGUGAAUUGAAAAUACAAUUGCAAUCUCUGGCAAAAGUUGAAUUUAAGAGAUUUUCUAAAUCAUAUAUUUUGUCUAAUUUUUCCAGUUUGUUUUUCAAUUCACUGUCUGUCCACAGCCCAUAUUCAGACAGACAGAUAGACAGAUAGACAGACUGCUACAGCUCAAUCUAAAUAUAUAUAAUGUAUCUUUUAUUAAAAUAAUAUAAAACUAUAAAUUAUAUUGGUGUCUGUGUGUUUGUCUAUCUGGCUGGAUGGGACCUGUGAUCCUUUGUGACUGUUUGAUGUGACAUCAUGUGACAUCACCCUUUAUGGUCACAGCUUACAGCAGUCACUAGACACUGCUCAGACAGUUGACACUGCUUAGCUGUGGUAGUGAUCAAGUUGCUAAUGAUGGCAAAUAGAAACAUUUUCUCGUGUUUUCCACGUUUGCGCCUUCGCAAUGUAAGUAAAUCACUUGGUUUCUUUAAGGUUCCAAUUAUAUUAAUCAUUAACUGGGAGCUAUUACCCCAAACGCCAAUAUAAUUCAUGGCUGGGUCCAGAAGGAGAAUACAGUGAGACCCAUUUUAUAAUUAUUAAUGUGAAUUACUGGAGGGGGAGAAGCAGAUAUUUUAUUUUAUUCUCAUUUUAAUUAAGUUAAAUCCUUAUACAAUGAAAUACUGCAUUUAAUGGAUUUAAUAUAAUUUUGACACAUUUGUACUUUAUUGUAUGUACACAAUUUGCACAAAACAUAUUUUCCCCACAAGACACAUUUUUCAUUGUAUAUGAGUUGUCUGGAAUUGGGAUCUCCUUCCUAUCUUCACAUAAUUCUCUUCCAUCCCUGCCCUUAACUCCAGCCAUCACUCCUUACUGAGCGGAAGAGAAAGAGACCGGAGACACAUCUUUGGUGUUAAACCGGUCAAGAACAGGUUAACACUUAUAUGUAAGACUGCGCCUGGGCCUCCAGGCACCAUAACAACUUCAAUUAAAUGAUUGCAUGCUACACAAAAUUAUACCCUUAACUUAAACUCCGCUAUCCUAAAUCCCUAUGUACGUUUCAAUAAUGAUGAUUUCAGUACCACUCUAACGGCCAUUAAACUGUAAGCUCACCUGUCACGGCAAGGCCAACCUAUUAGGGGAGUUAUAAACAAGUUGUUAUGGUGCCUGGAGUGUUCCUUUAAGUAGACUCAUUUCCUGUAUUGUAGUUUGUUUGGAGCAGUUUAAAAAGUAUCGCUGGCCCCUGUGGCAGCAACCAGGGGAUAGACUGUAAAAGCGUUUCAUUUGUUUGAGCAUUUUUCUUGCAAAGUGCCUUUUGUUUUCUAAUUGUUUUUGUUUCAGCCUUUUCGGCGCGCCAGACGUCAGAUACCUGAUGAUGUUGAGCAGAAAGUAGAUCAUCUUCCAGGUACAUUAAAACACUGUGUGUGAUUGCUCUGUGUAUAUGUAAGUGUAUAUCUAUCGAUCUCCAUGGAGACUGAACCAGUUCUAGCAUUUUAUAGCCUGUGUGAGACCUGAACGUGGAACCUCCAAAGUACAAGAGAACCAAGCACCGUCAACUGAGCUCUCUCAGCUAAAGAAUGACCCUCUGUGCGUGGAAUAUGCACAGAAUUCACAUUAUCCAGCACAUACCUCUCGUUCCAGACUGGCUAAUGACACUCGUCUAAAUAUCUCUGUAUGUGCAGACUCCAGGCACCAUAACCACUACAAAACACUGACGUGGUCAUGGUGCUUGGUGGAACCCUUUAACAUUUAGAUUUCUAUUGUUAAAUGGUUUCCUGAAGACAAAGUACAGAAUAUGCAAUUUUGACAUUUCUGGCACAUUAGAUUGCUUAGUUAAUAUUUUCAGGAAGGUAGUUCGCCUUAUACGUAUCUCCAGACACCUGUAAUGAGUCUCUCCUAACCCCCAUACAGGGGGACUGCCUCCUUCCCAUAAUCCACUACUGUCUGAUAGCAGAAUAUAUCUGGAGUUUCAGCCAGUCUUAAUGUUCCCAUUAUUUAUAAUGACAAUGCUGAGCAUAUCCCAUAAACUCAGCAGGUGUGUCUAGUUCAGCACUUGCCAGUAGUUUAAUUCAGUAAAAUUCAAACUGUUUCUUGAGCUACGUUCUCCAGUCAUGUUUUUAAAUGGAUGGAGCUAGUGGUUGCCAUUUGUGUCAACAUAACAAAUGUUCUCCCCAUGAAAUCUGGAAAAGACGUCAGAUGUCGGGAAGACUGAAUACACGGGAUGUGGUCACAGGCGCCUGGUGGGACCCAGGUAAGGAGUUAAACCAAACUUGGAGUAUUCCUAGGAAUGUCCAUGAAAGACUGGAGUCGAUACAAUAUUUUCUAUAGAUCUAUCUCACUGACAUCUAUUAAAGCUGGAAGGCAUGUACAUGGUGUCUUUCUGUGAUGUCAUCAAGCACGGGGGACUUCUCGCAGCUGGGAUUUUUGUUGUUUACUCUGUAUUUAUCUUUUAUUUCAGUGUUUAUACUCCUUUAUUUAAAGCUGCUCUCUGGGUCUGUGUUAUCUAUCGUGGCAUUACCUACUCUACUUAAUGUAACUGUCUUAUUUAUUUAUUGAGUGAUACUGUCUGCUGACAUUUCCAAAUGUUGUAUUUUUUUCUUGUAACUAAUUCCCAGGAUGUCCAGAGAUCCGAGAUGCUCCUAAAGGUGACACCAGCUCCCAGACAGAGAACGUAAAGCUGAGUGCUUUGCAGAAAAAGCUGGAUAUUGAGCUGAAGGUGAAGCAUGGAGCAGAGAAUAUGAUCAAAGCAUAUUCCAAUGAUCCUCCCAAAGUAAGUCUGAUACAUUGAAAUCGAGUUUGAAAAGAAAGAACACUUUUUUAUUUUUACAGGACCUGCCUUUUAUACCCUGACACCAUUCAAGUUAAUUUAAAGGGAUUCUAUAGUGCCAGGAAAACAAAGCUGUUUUCCUGGCACUAUAGAAUACUACUGGGCCCCCUCCCUCUCGCCCCCCCCCACCGCGACCUUCAGUCACAUUCCUGAAUCCAGCGACCUUGAGCCUUGUUGCUGGGUCAGGCUCUGCCCACGCCCCUCUCUCGCCGACAUUGGCCGGCGCGGGAGACCUAAUGCACAUGCGCAGCAAUGGCCACUCUCGUAUUAAGAUUUCCCUAUGGGGAUUCUGUUGAUGCUGGAAGUCCUCAUGCAGAAUGUGAGGACGUACAGCGUCAUUUAGAUGGCCAAAAGUCACCUAAGCACUCAGAAGUCCCUCUAGUGUCUGUCUGGUAGAAAGCCCCUGGGGGGGAGAUAACCCUGCAAGGUAAUUAUUGCAGUUUCUAAGAACUGUAGGGAUAAGGGACAGGGGAUAUUGCACCCAGACCACUUCAAUGAGGUGAAGUGGUCUGAGUGCCUACAGUGUCCUUUUGAGCGAAACGUUUGCUGGUGAUAUUUGUUCCUGAAAUCAAGAGAGGUGAUACAAAUUGUCAACUAGAUUUCCAAAAGUUUGCCGACAUCUCUCUCAGCUAAAUAGUUGAAGGCAAGUGCUUUUCUUAAUCUCCCUCAAAGCAUUUUUCAAAAUUCUAAAUAGAAAGAAUGCAUUUUUUUUUUAAGAUUGAUUUUUUUCCAAUUUUAAAGUUUUUACUUCAAUAAUGCGUGUAUAUAAUUUAGUCUGCCUGCAAGGAAGCACUGUAGUGUGCCUAGUGCCCGUUACCCCAGUUGCAAGCAUUCCGCUGCUGUAUUUUGAGCCAUAAAGGCUCUCGUAUACUGAAAGAGAAACAAAGUGAACUGGAUUUAUAGUCCCUGCAUGUUAUGUACAAGGAUUGCCUGGAACUGACUUAAUAAUACUUUAAUAUCUGGGAAAAAUCAUUGUUUGAGAUCAGUGAGAAUCACACAGAGUCCACGUGUAUCCUGGGUUGUGAGUAGUUAGAGUUAAUUUCCUAGAAUGAGGUUAAUUAAUCCUAUAUUUCUCCAUACAGUUUAAUCAGCUAUCUGACUAUUCUUAUUACUGUUACAGAAUGCCAAACAUAUUGCUGCUGCCCAGAAAAAACUUAAAGGCAGUGAGAAAAAAAUUGCCAGGUUGCGCAGUCAAAUCCAGUCUCUUAUAAAAGGUAAACGUUCAGUCCUCGUAUGCAGUUUGAAAUAACAUUAAUGGGUAACAAUGAGCACGUAUUUUAUAUUUUUGUGAGUUUUAGUUUUUAGAGUUUGGCUGUGUUUCUGGGCCAUGAGGAAUGCCUUGGUGGCUACUUUGUUAGGAGUCAAAUUGUAUCAGAACGGCUCCGCAGGGCUUGCUCCGGGCUCAGAUCAGGAGAGCUAAGAGAAGUUCCUGUUUAGGAGCGUCCGGCCUUCCGUCACUGCUAGCCAAAACCGGGAGCUGCCCUGGGAAUAAAAAUGCAUUGACUUCUAAUAAUGGGGUGCCAGGGCAGGACUUGCACCAUAACCACUACAGCAAGCUUUAACAAUCUUACAAGGAGAUCUGUACGUAUCCCAUAAACCUCUACACUCCAAGGCUUUAUGAAGAAAUGUACAGCUGUAUCUUCCAAUUACAUCGCCUUUACAUUUCCUCUUAGAAGUGGGAGGUAAAGGGAGUAAUGAGAAGGUGCGAAUACAUUUUAUAUUAUUUUAUAAAUUGAAAUAUCAUAAAGUCUAGGCUUGGAUAUAAUGUUUUUGUAUUAUCUCCAUUUGCUUUGAGGUGAAAAUGAUUGGAGUAUUAUUGAUCACUGCGUAUAAUACACAAUACUUACAUUAUGUUAUGUCUCGACCUUUACAGAACAACCAUCGUUACCAGCUCCGGAGACGGACAUUAACACUGCUGCUCCUUCGAUGUUGGUGACGGAGAGACAGGAGCCAGAGCCGGCUGGGUAUUCACUUUACAUCUUUCUCAUCAAUGUUGUUAGGACCUGAAUCCAUCCCAGUUUACACCACCAUACCUGCUGAUUAUCUAUACGUCUGUUGUAUAUUUGUCUACGGCUGUGUACACAUUUCUCAGCAUGCAUAUCAAUCACAGAUACAUUUUACAAGGCUGCCUACAGCUUGCAUGCUUGUGACGCCAGAUCUCCUUAUCUUUGCAGGACUCCUGUGAAUUCUGCAUUCUGCCAGGCAGGGUGUGAGAGUGCUUUGGAUGUCACACAGGAAGCACAGAAUGUAGAAUUCUAUACGGUGCAAAGACAUAGAAAUCGGCAACACUAGUGAGAAGUAUUCUUGGGGUGUCCUUUAAAUAAUGUCUGGUAUAUAGCAGCAAUAUUGUCUACGAUAUAAUGAGUAUAGUGAUAUGACAACCAGAUAAACUAUUCUUUUCUUCCUUCUCAUAGCGAUUUUCCAAUCUUACCUUUGAAACCAAUUACCCUACCGGAUGUGGAACAUGACUUUGAGACGCCUAGUCAGACAUUCUUAGAUGACAUUCAGCAUGAAAUUUCAGCUUAUGUUAAGAUCCAGAAUAUACUGGCCCAGGUAAAGCUCUAACUUGCUGGAUGUUCUCUGAAGUAGUUAUGGUGCAAUGAGUCUGUGGGUAUUAACUCACUUUUUGUUGUUAAACCAUUUGGGAGCAUUUUGAUAAAUGAGAGGUCUCUACCUGUCACCCAGACACCCCCUUUGGCCAUAAUGAUAACGUGGAAUUUACAAUUUUACGCUAUAAAUGUGUAUUCCAUCCAACCUGGACUGCUGUGAUGGAUGGGGCGUAACCCAGAGCUCUCAGCCAAUCAAUACCAUCCAGGCUUCCUAUAAUGUGCAUUGAUAAUAUAGAAGUGUUAAUUCCUAUCAUUGUGGCUGAGGAGGGGGGUAUCCAGGUACUUGGAAGAGCCUAAAUGGUCUGAUAUUAAACCAGGGAUAGCGCCAAGACACUCCAGGUACUAUAACCACUACAGCGAGCUAGAAUGGUUAGUUUGCUUCGAGUUUGCCGUUAAAGCAGCCACAUGUUUCCUUUCUUGAUUGUUUGAGUUGAUGAACUCUGGGUUUAGUAAAUAAAUUAGACCUUCUAAUGGUUUAUCAAGGCUAACAGUCACUUUCCAGAACUUUUAAUAUUAUGGUAACUUAAAUAAAAAGGGUCUUUGCCGCAAAUCUUGUGCAAAAUACUAAUAAAUGGGACAUAAAUCACUUAAAGUGUCAGUGCAAUAAGGCAGGUAUAUUCUCAUAUAAAACAAAGUGAGAGAAAUAAAUGCAAAUGUAGUGUAGUAAGAUUUAAGUGUUAAAUCGUUCUCGAAUGUCUGACAUUAAGGAUGUGUAUCACCAAGCACCGUCUCAUUCUCUCCUCUCCCACUCGGACUAAUACGGGAACAUUAGCGCAAGUAGUGAAAAGCCGGCAGUGGCUGGAUUAGAGCGUCAGCUAACACUCUCAGCCAAUCAUGAGUAAAGGAUAUUAGCUAACGAUGGGCAGCUGACUCUCUCAGCCAAUCACUGACCCUUCUCACUGCUCACACAAAUUCUGCUUUAACCUGAGCUGAGCAGACAGAGACCGGAGUGACAUCUUUAGUGUUAAACCGGAUAGAACAGGUUAACACUUAUAUAUGCAACACUGCGCCUGGGCCUCUAGCCACCAUAACAACUUCAAUUAAAUAAUGCCAUGCUACACAAACUUCUAGUUUGUUUGGAGCUGUUUAAAAAGUAUCGCUGGCCCCUGUGGCAGCAACCAGGGGAUAGACUGUAAAAGCUUUUGGUUUGUUUGAGUAUUUUUCUUGCAAAGUGCCUUUUGUUUUCUAAUUGAUUUUGUUUCUGCUUUUUCAGCGAGCCAGACGUCAGAUACCUGAUGCUCUUGAGCAGAAAGUAGAUCAACUUCCAGGUACAUUAAAACACUGUGUGCGUGAUUGCUAUAAACAGUAUUUCACAAAAGUGGGUACAUCCCUCUCAUUUUUUGUAAAUAUUUUAUUAUAUCUUUUCAUGUGACAACACUGAAGAAAUGACACUCUGCUACAAUGUAAAGUAGUAAGUGUACAGCCUGUAUAACAGUAAAUUUGCUGUCCCCUCCAAAUAACUCAACACACAGCCAUUAAUGUCUAAACCGUUGGCAGCAAAAGUAAUUAAACCCCUAAGUGGAAUGUCCAAAAUGGGCCCAAAGUGUCAAUAUUUUAUGUGGCCACCAUUAUUUUCCAGUACUGCCUUAACCCUCAUGGGCAUGGAGUUCACCAGAGCUUCACAGGUUGCCACUGGAGUCCUCUUUCACUCCUCCAUAAUGACAUCACGGAGCUGGUGGAUGUUAGAAACUAUGCAAUCUCCAACCUUCCAUUUGAGGAUGCCCCACAGAUACUCAAUAGGGUUUAGGUCUGAAGACAUGCUUGGCUAGUUCAUCACCUUUACCACCAGCUUCUUUAGCAAGGCAGUGGUCAUCUUGGAGGUGUGUUUGGGGACAUUAUCAUGCAAGAAUACUGCCAUGCAGCCCAGUCUCUGAAGGGAGGGGAUCAUGCUCUGCUUCAGUAUAUCACAGUACAUAUUGGCAUUCAUGGUACCCUCAAUGAACUGUAGCUCCCCAGUGCACUCAUGCAGGCCCAGACCAUGACACUCCCACCACCAUGCUUGACUGUAGGCAAGACACACUUGUCUUUGUACUCCUCACCUGGUUGCCACCACACACGUUUGACACCAUCUCAUUGAGCAGGGCCCUCAACCCCUCUGUUCCUGUGUGUCCAACUUGUCUGGUUACAACUACAUGUCUGUUCGACCACCCAUUGUAAAGCAAUGUGGAAUUUGAUGGCGCUAUAUAAAUAACAUAAUAAUAAUAAUAUUAAUAACCAAAUAAGUUUAUCUUGGACUCAUCGGACCACAGGACAUGGUUCCAGUAAUCCAUGUCCUUAGUCUGCUUGUCUUCAGCAAACUGUUUGGGUCGCUUUCUUGUGCAUUAUAUUUAGAAGAGGCUUCCUUCUGGGAUGACAGCCAUGCAGACCAAUUUGAUGCAGUGUGCGGUGUAUGGUCUGAGCACUGACAGACUGACGCCCCACCCCUUUGACCUCUGUAGCAAUACUGGCAGCACUCAUACGUCUAUUUCCCAAAGACAACCUCUGGAUAUGACACUGUGACAAACUCCCCUUCCCACGUGAGUUUGCCACGAGCUCCUGGAGGAGCUUUCUUGACAGCCUCCUGCCCACAGACUAUGGGCCAUGUAGGGAAAUCUGUAAAUGACUACCAAAGUUGACCAACCGUUAGCACUGAUUUCAUGGAACUGUUUUGGGCAUGGGACCAUGCAUGCAGUCGGUCAAAACUAUGACUUCCAGGAAAUUCCUGAACCCCUGAACUGAUCUGGGUGAUUUUUGGAUAUGUUGGUCACCUAGAUCGGGGCUAUCAGGGGAUGUAACUUUUGUGGGGUUUCCAUGGGUUUUGGGGGGAGUUUUAAACUGCUGUUUAAAAAGUAGUUUUUUUUUUUGUGCUUGGAGAUAAUUGAAUUAGAUUAGUAUAGUUCCUGAUUCAAUUAUCUCCCAGGCACAGAGGAGGGAUUAUCUUAUUUGUGUAUGGGAGUGUCCUGGACCUGAGAUCCAAUUUCAUUGUGUGGUUGUUUUUACUGUAUUCUACUCUCAGGUCCAAGGGGGAGUGCCCCUUGCAUGGGGACCUGCAUAUAAGGCCAGUUGUGGCUUCCAAUAAGUGAGUUCCUGCCUACCCUCUACAUAGAGUCUCAUCUCAUGUGUGGGGGGAACCGCAGUAUCUGCUCUGGGGAUUGCUAUAUCACGAUACUCCCCUGGGCUAUAAUCACUAGCUCUUGUAAGAGCUAUACUGCUAUACUUGUUAUACUCUCGUGGAGGAGAGGUCUUCUCACUGGGAGCUGGAUUCAGGAGUUUGGUCCAGGGUGAGAAGGGACGUGAGACCCCAGCUGAGCUAAGGGGCUACGGUGCUUAUGGUGUCCGGUGCAGUGCUUAUGGUACACAGUGACAGCUAGGAAGCAGCGAUUGACGGAAGCACCCAGUCGUAGUACCAGGUGGUCCGUCACAGAUGCUGAGCAUCUGCACUCGACUUCUUUGGUAGACCAUGACGAGGCCUGUUCUGAUUGGAACUUGUUCUGCUUCAGCUCAGUUCCAGGGUCUUGGCAAUCUUCAUAUAGCCCAGGCCAUCUUUAUGUAGAGCAGCAAUUCUUUUUUUCAGAUCCUCAGAGAGCUCUUUGCAAUGAGGUGCCAUGUUGAACUUCCAGUGACCAGUAUAAGAGAGUAUGAGAGCGAUAACACCAAAUUUCAUUUUUUUAUAAUUCUUUAUUUUUGUUGCGCAUUUGUUUAACAUAGUCGCUUGAGAUGCCACAACAGCUGUCUCAGGCUUCAAACAGAAAACAUGAAUAAACAUUUGGCAUUGAAAUACUUUGCACAAUUUUAAAUUAGGAAAGUAAGUUCCCACGUUACAUCCUUCUAAUUAGAAUUAUCGCUAGAUCGCCAUAGUCUCCUGUUUGGAGGAAGAAGUUGUAUGGAUAUAGUGUAAUCUGUACAUCCAGUAUGUGUGUAGGGUUCUGAGUAGCUAUUCCUCCUCCCAUGUUAGUGAUUUGAAAUAUGUACUAUGGCGAUAAAUAAUUUUGCCCCACUCCUUGUAAGUGUGGCUCAGUUUGGGGGUCCCAGGUUCUGGCUCGCUUGGUGUGGGUGUACUUAAUGUCAACCCUGGGUCUUCCCAUGUGUUUAAGUGGUAUUCGUGCGGUAUCAAGUGGUUAGUGGCCCCUAACCAGGGAGGCCGCGGGGGGGCGGAAUAUACCAGCGGCCUAUAAUUGGCCCUAACCUAAGAGUGUUUUGCCGUGUAGUGUGCUACUCGUCGUGGCUAUAGCGGUGUGCCGUAUUUUGCCAUUACGUGGAUUAUAUAAUCCUGGGAAACAUAGUGUGCCUUACAGUGGUGCCUAGGUGCCAAGCCUUAAACAAUUGAGAAAAAUCAAGUCGAAAACCAGUGAAAGUCAAAUUAUAGCGAAACAAUAAUUAUAGCGGUAGAGGCUUCGUAGUUGAAGCGCGUUUAUGGGUUGAGAGACAGUCAGUGGUGUCAGGUGGUUGCCUCAGGGGCUCCUCUUCCCCUCGGUAGAAAAGGGACAGUCCUGUUGGGGUCCCACAUAUGGGAGCUGGCGGGUACUUCUGUGUGGUCAGAUCCUUGUGGUAGUCCCAGUGCCCUAAUGAAAGAGUCCACCUCCUGAGUGGAGUUGAGGUGUAGAGUGGUGCCGUUGUGGUCCACCGAUAAUGUUUUUGGUGCAGUCCAGCGGUAUACUAACUUGGCGUCUUGGAGGCGGCGGGUCAUAGGGCGCAGGGUUCUUCUCCAUUGGAGUGUGGAUCGGGUCAGGUCCUGAUAGAAGGUAAGACUCGCGGUUUCAAAGUCCAAUGGUGUUUUGCCUUUUAGGGCAGCGAAGAUGGCAUUUCUGUCUGUUUGGGUAUGGCACCGUACGAUCACAUCUUUGGUUGCUUGGGGGGGUGCCUGUGGCGAUUUCCGGAUGCGAAAUAUCCCUGCUAUAUUUAAUUUUUUGGCCUGUGCGUGUGGCAUUAUGGUGGCGGCCAGACGUCUAAAGUAGUGUGGUAGUUCCGCCUGACUUAUUUCUUCAGGGAUACCCCUGAUUUUCACAUUGCUCUUACGGCUUCUCUCUUCUGCUGCAUCCAGCUUGUUGAUCAGGGUUGUGUGUGAUGCUUUUAGUUGGUGCACUGUUUCUUUUAGGCUUCUCAUUUCGUUUUGAACAUCUAUAAUGUCUUCUUCAGUGGUCUUCACUCGGUCUGUGACCGCCUGCACCUCCGUUUUCAUUAAAGCCAUGUCUGCUGCGGACAUUUGUUUCAGCUCCAUGAGGAGGUUUUUAAUGUCUAGUUUUGUGGCAGGUGUCAGUGCAUCAGGGUCAGUUUGGGCUGAGUGAUGUUCUAGGGUGUCCCCCAGGGCAAGUUCCGAGCACGUGGAGCCUGUGUCUGGGUCGGGUGUGGCCGCCAUUUUCGGUGCCGCUGUGCGCUGGAGCAUGGUGCUAAUGUCUUGGGUAUCUUUGCACGCACCUGUAGCUAUCCGCUGGGAUUUUCGUCCCAUGUUUAUCGGGUCGGUGUCUGUGUGCUCCGUGGGUGGUAUGGCAGUGGAGAAGACCGCGUUGUGGAGCGCCGUCUCAAAGGCCCUGUAGUCUGGAUAGGCCUUGGAUGUGCGGCGUACUUUCCGUCCCGUCUGGCGGUAUAAAAAGGGCAUCGAUCAGGUGAGUGCUUUGCCCCUCUGUCCUGGCCGUCGGUUGAUAGGAUUAUAAGGGCUGUGAGAGGUUUGUUUGUCGGUAAUUAGCCGCGUUUUUGCCGGAGCUCGCUACACAUGCGACCGCUCCGUUCCGUGGUUAAGCUCCGCCCCCGAUAACACCAAAUUUAACACACCUGCUCCCCAUUCACACCUGAGACCUUGUAACACUAACGAGUCACAUGACACCAUGGAGGGAAGAUGGCUAAUUGGGCCCAAUUUGGAUAUUUCCACUUAGGGGUGUUCUCAUGUUUGUUGCCAACGAUUUAGACAUGGAUGUGUGUUGAACUAUUUUGACAGUCUGGACACUUACUACUUUACAUUGUAGCUUAGUGUCAUUUCUUCAGUGUUGUCACAUGAGAAGAUAUAAUAAAAUAUUUACAAAAAUGUGAGGGAUAUACUCACUUUUGUGAUAUACUGUGUAUAUUUGUAAGUGUAUAUCUAUCGAUUUCCAUGGAGACUGAGCCAGUUCUAGCAUUUUAUAAAAGCUCUCUGUAUUUUGUAACUUGGUAUAAUAUCCUCCCGCAGUCUGGUAAAAGCGACCUGUUCUAUUCCAGUUGGUGUUACAUUCUCUAUAACGCUGCUUUGAUACAUGUCCCCUAUCUCCACUCCUCUAUUUGGGAAGCACUGGAAUAGUUCCCCUAGCAGAACGUUCCUUGUCUUCUGACACCCUCAUGGCGGCUUCAUUGCUGGCACAUUGCAGAGAGAACGAAGGGGCACAAACUGUCAUAUUACUGUUACUCUCUCCAUAAUUAGUGCUUCAUUCUGCUAUUCUGGCAUUCAGUCGUGUCAGAGUUAUAGCUUAGAGAGCUCCUGUGCUAUACUGUAUGGGGCAGUCCGCAGUUUGUCAUUUAAUUAAAUUAUAUAUAUUUUAGUAAAAAAAAAGAGAAGAUACGAGAAUACUGAGAACAGGCAACACUUAAUAACUCGUCCUUCAGUUCGCCAUGGCCCAUGUCUCAGAAGAUCCAUUACAGGGAGGACCAUGGACCCUUGUAUAUCCAGACAAUCCCAACCACAAGAGGGAUCAAGAUCACAAAUAUUAUCUCUGGAAGAUUGUCUGGGGUUGCUGUAUGUCUCGUGCAGAGGGAGCAGAUCUGGCUCCCCUUGUAGGUUGGAUCAGUCUGAUAUACAACUACCUAAGGUGCUCUCUGUAAUGGUACAAGUGAUGUAUGAGACCUGAAUGUGGACCCACCAAAGAACAAGCUAACUGAGCUCCGGUCAAUUCUUAUCGUUCUCAUAAACUCUUGUUUAUGGCUUAUAAUUGAAUUCUAACUCCAAGCAUCAUAACAACUAUAGCCCUGUGUAAUGGUAAUGAUGCUAGGAGUACCCUGGCCCAGUUCACCAGUAAUGGGCAAACCAUUUUGCAAUGAUUUGCCCUAUUACCAGGGUUCUGCCAGGCGCAGAGCUUCAGAAGCCAGGCGCCAAUACCACUAGUCAUUCAGUGACUGAGAAUGUCAACUGAGCUCUCUCAGCCAAAGAAUGACCCUCUGUGCGUGGAAUAUGCACAGAAUUCACAUUAUCUGGCACAGAACUCUCAUUCCAGACUGGCUAACCACACUCAUCUAAAUAUCUCUGUAUCUACAGACUCCAAGUACCAUGACCAUUUCAAAUCACUGAACUGGUCAUGGUGAUUGGUGGAACCCCUUAACAUUUAGAUUUUGAUAGUUAGAUUGUUUCCUAAGUUAAUAUUUUCAGAAAGGUAGCUCCCCUUUUAUAUAUUUCCAGACACCUGUAAUGAGUCUCUCCUAACCCCCGUACCACCUUAUGUGUCUCCCCAUACAGGGGGACUGCCUCCUACCCAUAAUCCACUCCUGUCUGAUAGCAGAAUGUAUCUGAAGGUUCAGCCAAUCUUAAUGUUCCCAUUAUUUAUAAUGACAAUGCUGAGCAUAUCCCAUAAACUCAGCAGGUGUGUCUAGUUCAGCACUUGCCAGUAGUUUCAUUCAGUAAAAGUCAAUCUGUUUCUUGAGCUACAUUCUCCAGUCAUGUUUUUAAAUGGAUGGAGCUAGCGGUGGCCACUCGUUUAAACAUAACAAAUGUUCUCUCCGUGAAAUCUGUAAAAGACGUCAGAUGGCGGGGAUAGUCCUAUAACUGGGGCACAUUGUCGCUGCUUUUCUCUAAAUAUUGUAGAUUUAAGAAUCAGAAAAACAAAAGCACAGAAAGAGUAACUUCUCAAACAAAAUAUCUGGAAGGUCACGGGUUAUUAUAAUACAUGAAGUGUCUGUUUUAAUAAAAGGUUAUGUAUUGUGUAAUUUCUCUAACCUUGAACAUUGAACAUACUAUCUGUCAACAUUGUAAUUUGACUGAUGUCUUUCUUUUUAAUUUUCAGAGUCUCCAGAGACUCAAGACUUUCUCCAACCUGUCAGUCGCUCGUCAGCUAGUGAUAGUUUCUCCACUGUUGACCUGACCUCUUCUACAAGUGACAUCUCAUUGGAAAGUACUGGUGGGUCAUAGCAGUAAUAACUGUUGCUUUUUCAUUUUACAAUCAGGUGGAUAUUUUAGAGACUUUAAAAGAGGAAAUCAUAACGUUGUGAUCAGUUAUUGCACAUAUUUUGAAUAUGAGAUUGUAGACUUUAUUGGGCAUCAGAUCACCCACAUUAUAUAGCGUGAAAACAUGGAGAUUUAAAUAAAUAGUGCCGAGGAAGUCUGUGCCUUGUUAGUUUUACAGAAAUAUAAAUGGGUCCUGUGCACAUUUAACAAUUAAAGGACCACUAUAGGCACCCAGACCACUUCAGCCCAAUGAAGUGGUCUGGGUGCCAGGUCCCUCUAGUUUUAACCCUGCAGCUGUAAACAUGUUUCACUGAGGGUUAAUCCAGCCGCUAGAGGCGCUUCCGCGAUUCUCACUGUGAAAAUCUCAGUGAGAAGACGCUGGACGUCCAUAGGAAAGCAUUGAGUAAUGCUUUCCUAUGGGCGGUUUGAAUGCACGCACCGCUUUUGCCGCACAUGCGCAUUCAGAUCUGACGUCGGCAGGGGGUGGAGACUUCCCUAGUACAGACGGAGCCCGGCACUAGAGAAAGGUAAGUGGCUGAAGGGGAAGGUAAGUGGCUGAAGCUCAGCAGGAAGGGGGCCCUAAAGGGUGGCGGGGGGGAGGGGGGGAACCUAAUAACCCUAUCUGGCAGUAUAGUACUCCUUUAACUAAAUACAGCAUAUUAAAGAAAUACACCAGGCCCUAUAACAACUACAGAUAUAGGAUUCAUGGUGCCAGGAGCAUCCUUGUACCAUCUCAUUGUAAGAUGUCAAACUUUUUUUAUAUGGUGUGACAACUUACCUGCGUCCUGUAGGGAACCUGCAGCCACAUCUGCUGCAUUCAAUGUUCUCCAAACAGAGAAGGCGGAUGUCCCUAUAAAAUAAAGCAUGGCCAUUAAUGGACCAUGUUCAUUGGCUAGAGGGAGCUCAGCUGCAUGGCCCUACUUUGCUUAAUCGGGCAAUCUGCAUUCUCUUGCCAGAGAAGACUGAAUACACGGGAUGUGGUCACAGGCACCUGGCAUGACCCUGGUAAGGAGUUAAACCAAACUUGCAGUAUUCCUAGAAAUGUCCAUGAAAGACUGGAGUCGAUACAAUAUUUACUAUAGAUCUAUCUCACUGACAUCUAUUGAAACUGGAAGGCAUGUACAUGGCGUCUUCCUAUGGUGUCAUCAAGCACGGGGGACUUCUAGCAGCUGCGAUUUUUGUUGUUUACUCUGUAUUUAUCUUUUCUUUCAGUGAUUUUAUACUCUUUGAUUUAAAGCUGCUCUCUGGGUCUGUGUUAUCUAUCGUGACAUUACCUACUCUACUUAAUGUAACUGUCUUAUUUAUUUAUUAAGUGAUACUGUCUGCUGACAUUUCCAAAUGUUGUAUUUUUCUUGUUACUAAUUUCCGGGAUGUCCAGAGAUCUCAGAUGCUCCUACAAGUGACACCAGCUCCCAGGCAGACAACGUGAAGCUGAGUGCUUUGCAGAAACAACUGGACAUUGAGCUGAAGGUGAAGCAGGGAGCAGAGAAUCUGAUCAAAGCUUAUUCCAAUGAUCCUCCCAAAGUAAGUCUGAUACAUUGAAAUUGAGUUUAAUAAAAAAUAAUAUUUUUUAAAAUUGUUGAUGGGGGAGGGGAAACUCCCAAAACGCUCUUCCACCUUUUACACGACAUGCCUUUUACACCCUCACAGGGAGGUGAUACAAAUUACCAACUAGAUUUCCCGAGAUCUCUCACAGUGAAAUAGUUGAAGGCUUUUCUCAAUCACCCCUGAAGCACUUUUCUAAAUUCUAAGUAGAAAGGAUGCAUGUUUUUUAUUGUUUUAUUUCUGAUUUUAAAGAUUAUUCUUCCAUAAUGUGUGUCUAUAAUUCAGUCUGCCUGCAAGGAAGCACUAUAGUGUGCCUUGUGCCUUUCCCCCGAGAUGCAAGAAUUUCGCUGCUGUAUUUUGAGCCAUAAAGGCUCUCGUAUACUGAAAGAGAAACAAAGUGAACUGGAUUUAUAGUCCCUGCAUGUUAUGUACAGGGAUUGCCUGGAACUGACUUAAUAAUACUUCAAUAUCUGGGUAAAAAUCAUUGUUUGAGAUCAAUGAGAACAAAUCCUCAUCCACAUGUAUCCUGGGUUGUAAGUAGUUUAUUUCCUAGAAUGAGGUUAAUUAAUCCUAUAUUUCUCCAGACAGUUUAAUCAGCUAUCUGACUAUUCUUAUUACUGUUACAGAAUGUCCACCAUAUUGCUGCUGUCCUGGAAAAACGUCAGGACUGCGAGAAUAAAAUAGCCAGGUUGCGCAGUCGAAUCCAGUCACUUAUAAAAGGUAAACGUUCUGUCCUCGUAUGCAGUUUGAAAGAAUAUUAAUGGGUAACAAUGAACACGUAUUUUAUAUUUUUGUGAGUUUUAGUUUUUAGAGUUUGGCUGUGUGUCUGGGCCAUGAAAUAUUCUGGGUGCUGACUGCUUUUAUAUAUAGUGAUCCAUAAGUCACCUGUGGAGGUACAGAGUUCAUGGAUGUGACUAAACUUUAAAGAAACAAUCCGAGCACCUAACCACUACAGGUCAUUAUUGUUACGUGUCAGUAGUGCCCUGGUGGCUGCUUUGUAAGGAGUCCUGAGAAGUUCCUGUUUAGGUAGUGGACGCAGGGAGCGGCACCUGACGUCUAAUAAUGGGGUGCCAGGGCAGGAGUUGUACCAUAACCACAUCAAGCUUUAACUAUCUUACAAGGAGGUAUAAGAGAUCUGUACGUAUCCCAUAAAUGUCUACACUCCAAGGUUUUAUGAGGAAAUGUACAGCUGUAUCUUCCAAUUGCUUUGUCUUUGCAUUUCCUCUUAGAAGUGGGAGGUAAAGGGAGUAAUGAGAAGGUGCAAAUACAUUUUAUAUUAUUUUAUAAAUUAAAUAUCAUAAAGUCUAGGCUUGGUUAUAGUGAUGUUUGCUUGAUUCUCUGUUGCAUUGAGUUUAGAAUUAUUGAAGUAUUAUUAUUCACCGUGUAUAAUAUACAUUACUUACAUUAUAUCCCAAUCUUUACAGAACAACCAUCGUUACCAGCUACGGAGACGGACAUUAAUACUGCUGACCCUUCGAUGUUGGUGACGGACACACAGGAGCCAGAGCCGGCUGGGUAUUCACUUUACAUCUUUCUCAUCAAUGUUGUUAGGACCUGAAUCCAUCUCAGUUUAUACCACCAUACCUGCUGAUUAUCUAUAUGUCUGUUGUGGGGGUUAAAUAAUGUCUUGAAUAUAGCAGCAUCAUUGUCUAAGAUAUAAUGAGUAUAGUGAUAUGACAACUAGAUAAACUAUAAUUUUCUUCCUUCUGAUAGCGAUUUUCAACUCUUCUCUAUGAAACCAAUUGUCCUACCGGAUGUGGAACUUCACUUAGACGCUACUCCUGCUCCAAGUCAGACUUUUUUAUAUAGCAUUCUGCCUGAGAUUUCAAUUUAUAUUGAGUUCCCGGAUUUCCUGGCUCAGGUAAAGCUCUCCGAUGUGCUGGUUGUUCUUUACCUCUAAACUUCAUCAAAAAAUGAUCACUCUGUGUACAAUAACCAUUAUAGCACAGUAAUGUAGUUAUGGUGCAAUGAUUCUGUGGAUAUUAGCCCACUUAUUUUUUUGUUAGACCAUUUAGGAACUUUUGGACAAAUAAGGGCUUGGCUGGUCCACAUGUCCCCUAUGCCGACGUUGAUGGUUGAACUCGAGCUAAAUCUGGUUCUUGUAGUUCUUGUAACUCCCUGUCAAUCAUUAAUAUAACCUCCGAUAGAGAAAACAUAGCGAGAGAGUAGACAUUAGACAAUGCUUCUAUUUCUCAUCCUUUGCCAUUUCCUAAAUCAUUAAAGGUAAACAGAGAAUCUCAGGGGAAAUGCUUUUAGUGUGUUAUUCAGUGGUAUACAUUGCAGAUAGGUAACACAAGAAAUCCUUUUAUCAUGUAUGGUUUUCCUUUCUAGGAUUUUGGAGAAGGCCACGAAUAUACCAGCGAUAGCAAAGAAAUGAUUACAAACCCAACACCAGACGUGCGGUAUGAUUACUUACCUGUGUUACAGGAGCCUUUUAUUCUAAGUCUUUUUUAUUGUGAGUGGUGUUUGGGACAAUUUAAAUAAUUUCUGAAUGUUUUCCUUUCUUGGCAGUAUUCGUCUCCGGAUUCCUCUCACCAUGGAGGACUUCAAGCUCCGCUCAGUGCUCGGUAGAGGGAGCUUCGGGAAAGUAAGUUUAAGAUGGAAUUCCAAUUCUAGUUCGAUAUAACGGAUGUCUUAACAGAUGCAGCACAACAAUUUGUUCAUUUUAAUUUCAGGUUCUGCUGGCUAAAUACAAGGACACAGGCAAUAUGUAUGCCUUGAAAGUAAUAAGAAAAGGAGACAUAGAAUCAUCAUCAAUACUCGAUUGGUCAGUAAAUGAAGAACAAUUAAUGGUUUUUGGAAAGAAAAGGUCAUGUUUUCUGUCUUUUGUUUGUCAAUUUGUUUUGGAGAUCGGGGGAAAAUGACUUUUAACUUUUAUUUUUCCUUUCCAGCCUUCUGAUUGAGAAGCGGGUAUUUCAAGCUGUGACCAACAGGCGUCACCCAUUUCUAAUUAACAUGUUUGGCAGUUUCCACACUCAAGAUCACGCCGUUUUUGUGAUGGAAUAUGCUGCUGGGGGCGACCUAAAGACACACCUCAAGCAAGGUCCAUUUCCAGAACCCAGAGCUGUGUGAGUAUAAGCUGCAGGUCUAAUCCAAUGUUCAAAGAUAGCUAGCUCUGUGGGUUUUAGAUCGAGUGUAAACAUGAUUAGCCAUUAACAAACAUAUUAAAAACGACUUCAUACUGUAUAACGUGAUGUAUAUCCCAUGGGCUGCUGUAUAUCUGCCUGCUGUAUGUGUCCAAUGCUGUAUCAGUGCCGUUACAUACACCGCUGUGUGCACCAACUAUAGCUUACGGUCUUGGAAGCAUCGGCAUUGGUGAAUGGAACCAGUCACCAGCAGUGAGAGAGCAGAAGGAAACCUGGGAAUUAAUGCAAUAUGUCAGAACACAGAGUGACUUGGAAUAUACGGAAUUAAACCAGUUAGUAAUAAAACACUUCAUCUUCUAGAAAGUAACAGAUUUAUUUAUUAUUCCCAGAUUUUAUUCUGCCUGUGUCGUCCUGGGACUGGAGUUCUUACACCAACAGAAGAUCGUCCACCGGUAAGAUUAUAGAAAAAAACUACACAUGGAGUGUCCGUAAUAUUUGUGUUAUUGUAUUUAACAUAGGCGUGCGCAGCCUAUUGCAUUAGGGUGUGAACCCUAAAGCACAAACACACGCCGCGUGUAUAUGUAUGUCUGUGUGUGUGUAUAUAUAUAUAUAUAUAUAUAUAUAUACACACACACAUUGCUGUGUGUGUGCUGCAUGAGGGUGGUUUGAGGGUGUUGCGUGUGUAAGGGUGCUGUGUGUGUGUGAGGGUGCUGUUUGUGUGCUGUGUGUGUGUGGAUACUGUUUGUGUGCUGUGUUUGUGUGUGUGUUUGUUAGGGUCCUGUUAGUGUGCUGUGUGUUUGAGGGUGCUGUAUGUGCGAGGGUGCUGUAUGUGUGUGCUGUAUGUGUGAAGGUGCUGUAUGUGUGUGCUGUAUGCGUGUGAGGGUGCUGUAUGUGUGGGUGUUGUGUGUAUGUGGGUGGGUGCUGUGUGGGUGCUGUGUGUGUGCUGUAUGUGUGUAGGUGCUGUGUGGGUGCUGUAUGUGUGUGGGUGAUUGUGGGGGGUGGAGGUGGGGGUACAUUACUUAAUAUCCCCACUCCCUUCUUACCUUAUGUAGGGAGGGGGGAUUCUUGUUCCUGCUGCUUCCCCUGGUGGUCCAGUGGAGAGGGAACUCUAGCCCCUGUGGGGCUCAGAACUUGCGAGAGGAACCCGGCAGAGCUGCUUGUUGAGCUCCCCGGGUCCUCUCCUGCCUCCCUCCAUGCUGCAGUGGGGAGGGAGGCUGAAAGCAAAGCCGGCGCUCGGAUAGCGUGGGCCCUGCAUGAGCCGACAGGGGGGAUCCUGAAAUCUCCCCUGCCGGUCUCACUCCAUAGGAGUGCCGCGGGGAUUAGGGUGCGCCUAGGCACACCCGGCACACCCUGUGCACACGCCUAUGGUAUUUAACCCUGUUUGUAGUAGUAAGUUAUUCAUGUUAACCAUUUAAAUAGCCUAAAGAGUGAAUCGUAAACCUAAGUGCCUCUAGUGUUAUGUAAAAUGAAUAAAACGUAAUGUUCUGUAUUUUAAUCUAGAGACCUGAAAUUAGAGAAUAUUGUUCUAGACGAAAAAGGCUUCGCAAAGAUCACAGACUUUGGUCUUUGCAAAGAAGGUAAAUAUAAUUUUAUAAUCAAAACAUACAUUUUGAUAAAGGUAUUCUCACUUAGUAAGGUCAAAAUGUCCCGGCAAUGUCAGAGCUAGCUUUCAUAUAAACAACCUUUUAAUAUAUAAAAUGAUGUGUAUAAAAUGUGUGCUUCAUUCCAAAAGAAACUCUGUAACGGUAAAAGUAUUUAUUUUUAAUUUAAAGUGUCCAUGGGGUCGUUCAGGUUAUGCGGCCCCCCUUUUAAGCUAAAAUGUUUUUACUCAGUCUCUAUCCAGGGCUGAGCAGGCAGUGUCGGAUGCACACACACAUUACACACAGCCAGCACACACACUGGGGAGGAACAGAAGGAGAUAUUACUGGGAGGGCAGAGGGUGAGACACUAUGCAUAGGGCUCCAGGUAGGCAAACCCCCAAUUAUUCUAAUUGAAAUUAUUAAAGGAGAUUGGGCUACUGCUUUAGUCCUUUAUAUUUCCCCCCCCCCUGUGGUUACCAACAUGGAGAACCGUGUCUGACAGCAUCCCAUAAACUCCUGCUGGGUAAAGGUUUAUGGAGUGAAUUCAAGCUCCACUGAAUAACAAUCUCAGCAAUAUCUAUUAAUUUAUAUUCUUAUAGGAAUAUCAGAUCCAAUACAGAAACAUGUCAUCAGACGUGAGCUAACCCGUUAGCAUGUUCAAUUAAGAUUACAGAUCAGUCUAACUGAAAGUCAUUCCAAAUAGAAUUUGCUAAAACUGAAUAUCUAUCUUCAACUUAUACCCAAUUCUGUUUUCCUUAUUUCGGAGGAAUCGGAUACGGAGACACAACCGGAACCCCUUGGGGAACACCGCUUUACGCAGCUCCUGAAGUCUUAAAGGGCAAGCCGUACACAAGAGCUGUAGACUGGUGGAGCGUUGGGGUGGUCAUUUAUGCAAUGCUGUCUGGAAAGGUAAGAACAGUCUUUCAACAGGAAUUUGUAAACAGAUUUAUUUUCUGCAAAUCCAAAGAGACUCUACCAAUUUAAAGGAGCACUCCACACACCUAAAGCAUUGUAGCUUGCUGAAAUGUUUUAUUUACACAGUGUCCAUUUUCAUUUUAUAAAACACAGAUUUCAAGGUAAAUUAACCUUGUUACACAGCUCUGCUGUCAAUCAUACAGAUGGCCCUGUUACUUCCUGGUUUGUUUAGCUCAGGGGAGAUAAACUCAAGAGGCAGCAAUGGCCCAGAGCACCUGCCUGGCAAAGACUUCUCAUUGAGCUGCAUUGGGAGGUCUGUGAUUGGACAUUCACAGAAAGUCUGGGCGGGGUUAGAAGGGGAGGGUUUGUAAAGGCGGCAGUUAAGAUAUCUGUAGCUUUUGCAAGCUGUUUUUAUUUUGGUAUUGCAAUAUUAAUAUUACAUCCCAAUAUUCCCCUGCAUAUUAACCCUUUCCCUUCCCAAAAUAGAUCCCCAGAGAGAUACAUUCCUAGUUGUUAUAACCCCCUCUCAAUUAACCCCUGACCCCUGGUUCCCCAAGAAACAUUUGUCUGCCAAACACCUCCCACUCCGUGAUUUGCUUGUACCAUUCCCAGAUAGUGAAAUAAAUCUCUUUCCAAUGAAUUAGCUCUAUCUUAUGCCCCUGGCCCCUGGUUACUUAGUCCUUUGGUGACUGUUUGAUAGCUGUGUGUACAUAGUGUGUGACCCUCUGUAUACUGCUCCCUGGCUAAUACCUGUACGGUAAGAGAAUGCCCAGUAGGUUUGGCCCUAAUACAUAAAACAAGCUCAAUACUUACUUGUCGAAGUCUUCCUUAUUGAUUGUAUUUAUGUCUCUGCCAAAAAGGAAAUAAAGCCAUCAUAGCCCAUUAUACCCGAACAAAAUACAAAAAUCAAUACACCAUAUUAAAAGUAAAUAAAAACACCAGGAGAGAUAAAAUAUAAUAUAGACCUUCCAGCCCUUAGUCAAAAUGGAGAUUCCCUGCUGGUGUGCAAAUCAUUCGGCUUAUUGGAAAUCCCAGCCAAUCACAGAGCAUCCCCUGAUGAUGUAUAUUAUAAGAGAGUUCGGUUCUCUUGUACAUUUCGUACAUUCAUGCACUCGCACCACACACCUUUCAUGCAUACUAAUUUAAAUAUUAUACCAUCUGUACUACUAACAUUAUAAAAACCUUAAACUAUUCAAUUAUUGCUCAGCUGUUGAUUCCUGUAGUUUACAACUUUACAAACUGAAAUCGAGUUUUUCUUUUUUACAAAAAUGUAUUUAUUCUCUAGUUCCCCUUCGAAAGCCUUGAUAUAGACAUGCUGACUGCGAGUAUCAUCAAAGGAAAAUUUCUAUAUCCAGAAUCUCUAUCAAGAAACGCUACUUCGAUAAUAAGACAGGUUAGUCGCCACACAUGUUUCGUGUUUAAUAAAUGUAAUAGAUUAUAUGAGCCAUGAUCAAACCGUCCAUUGACCAUUGAUGAGGGAAAUUGAUCCUGGCGAGCUGCCGUAGGAUGAAUGAAUUCUAAGUUCUUGGAGGUAUCAGGAUUAGACCCUCUGCAUGGAGCCUUGCGUCUAAUAAGUACAGUAAUAAUUUAUGACAUCACAUCCCAACAUAUUGCACCAUUACUUUAUAUGAAUGGUUUGACACAAGUAAGAUAGUGAUAUAAAGUGUGUAGAAAAGAAUGAAGGUUCCGAUGAUCUUUAGAAGAGGGAAUGUAUCAGUUUUCUUACUUACUGGUCAUACACAUAUCUCAAUACCUUAAAUUGGAUGUAACUAUCUGUGUGUUAAUGCAGGUAAAGAAACUGUAAUAGCAGUAUUAGCUGUAUUUCAAGAAUCAAGUCACAUAAACACACUGGGCACGGAUCAGUGGAAAACACAAACUAUUUUAUUCUGCGCAGAAUUAACACAGUGUUGACUCAUGUCUAAAAUACACUGGGCCCCAGUCCUCAGUUAACAGAGCUUAUAUAUCAUAAAUGAUGUAGUUCAUACGUAAGCGAGAUAUGUAAGGGUUACUCCCAUUACUGCAGUAAUUAAUAACCAAUUAACUAUUACUUUAUUCAUUUCCUACAUUACUGCGCAUGAAUAUUCUUAGCAUUCCUGGACAUAGGUCCUGACCCUGAUCAUGUACAGCUCUUGUCCCAAUAUAUGGUCAUAUGGCUCUCAGGCAUUUCCGAGAUUGGUCUGCCACCUUCGUUACUGCCCAACAUAAUACCCAAUUAGCGAGAGUAUUGAUAUCGCCACAAGUAUUUCCUACAAGUAAACAUAUCUAGCAUUCCUGCACAUGCGCUGAGCAAAAGGGAAGUACUGCAGUUUUUAACCAUAUGUGAAUCAGAUGUUUCUUGGGCAUCCUGCAGCCUCUACUACAAAACAUUCAUUAUUACUGAGAAUUAAACCAAAACCCUGAGUAUCUGCUUAUUCAUUCUAUGACAUCCUUAAUGAUUCAUUAUUCAUUAGCCAUAAGACACUAAUAUUUAAUAUUUACAUGACAUACAGCUCACCCACUAGCUCCCUGUAUAACAAUAUAGUUGUGGGUAGUUAGCACAGGGUAAAUCCAGAGCCCAGUCUUUUAUUGUGAAGACAGAUAGAUUGCAAUAUAACAUCAAGGGACACCUCGUGCCGUGAUCACAUAAAGCACCUCCCACGUACGUACACUGCUACCACCACACUUUCCUUUUCUUCUCUGCUGUCCCUUUAAGCAUCACUCACAUAGUGCAUGGCAGUUGGCUUGAAAGAGCCCGGCACGCGGAGCUAGCAACCAGCCUCCUCCCUGUGUCAAGCUCAGUACUUCUUAAUUACCCCAUGCACUUCUUAAUUGCCAUGCCACUCCCUCGUGCCACUUGCCCUACCCACUGUCUGCUUGCACAUGUCACUUGCCCUGUCCACUCUAUCCGUGUCCAUGUCAGAUAUGAUAUUAAUCCUUCACAUGCCUCAUUCACUCCAAUUAGUACCUCAUGCCAUUGUAACUGUCCCACUUCUCCAUGCCAGUUCCCAUCAUAUAUCACUUAGCUGGUCUCAAAAAUACAAUGACAAUAUCAAUAAAGAAAUGGCGGUUUAAUUAAUCAAACUAACUUACUUACAUUAUGAGUCUCACCAGCAAGCCCUCCUAGUGAUCCAUCAUGUUGCCUCCAUUCCCAGAAGAGGUUGCAUAGGGUACUGUCAAUGGUGUCACAUACUCCGUCCACUCUCUCUGAGGAGUAUCAUGUGAGUAGGAGAAAAUGCUUUCAGUCUCACACAUAACAACCAUGAUGAGGAAGUGGUAUGGCAAUUAAGAAGUGCAGGGGGCAAGUAAGUACUGAGCUUAACACAGGGAGGAGGCCGGUUGCUAGCUCCGAGUGCCAGGCUCUUUGAAAUCAUCACCUGCACUACGUGAGUUAUGCUUAAAGGGACAGCAGAGAAGAAAAGGAAAGUGUUGUGGUAGCAAUGUACGUAUGUGGGUGGUGCUUUCUGUGUCUGGUACUUGGCUUGCUGCUUGGGGGGAAACACCUGCCCCCCUCCGCUAUCCAUACCUGGGUUACAGACAGACAUUGGUUAAGCUGCAGAUAUUUAGAGCCCUACAUUGAUUAUAAUAAACAGGAAGCUAGCAAGCAGUAACCAUGAAUCAUGCCAGCAGUCAGGACAAUGUCCGGGCAGCAGUGACAUGUUAUGUUCUGCUUGUUGAUCUCUGCAUUACACAGCGUGAGUGAUAACGACAUCCGUUACUCUACCGUCAGAGAAAAUGCAUGUAAUUCUGAUGUUUAUUAUUAAAAUAAACAAUAUGUAUAUUUAAAAAAAAAUUCCCCAUUACAGCUUCUCACUAAAAAAGUAAAGGCACGACUAGGAGCCGGCAAGAAAGACGCCCAGGACGUUAAGGCGCACCCUUUUUUCCAAGUACGUACAUUUUGAAAUAGAACUUGUUAUUCGCUUUUAGUCAAGAAAAACAUAUUAUUGAGCAUCUCGUUAAGAUAAAAUCUAUGAAAUACUCAUGCUGAGUGCACUGAAAUGUCACUGAAAUUCUAACAUAGUCCAAAGAUAAUUUAGGAUAAAGUAGGGACUGCUUUGUCUUAGGGUUAGGUCUGAGGUUGACACGAGGUCGAGUUUCUGCUGUUUAGUUUCCCACAUCCCAGGUGACAGAGUCCCUUUAAGAUAGAAUUAUCAGGAAAGACUCAUUCUAACAGCUGAAUGAACAUUCUAAGUUAGUUGUGUGAUUAGAAAACAUAGUGUCCUAUUUACAUCCAUUUAAGGAAUCAUGGUAAAAUUAUACCCAGCUUGUGUAUCUGAUCACCCAGAACCCGCAGCAGCAGUAAGUGUUAUAACUUUCUGUGCUGCUAACUUUACCUCCAUAAACACAUCACCAGCAGUUAGUGGGCCAGGAAAAGAAGGAAUCUCACCAUAUCAAACAUGAAGCUGUCACUUUAACAGAUUACUAUCCCACCAGCUCCCUAUGUGAAGAAUGGGGAGCAAACUGGAAACCUGCCUGGUGCCCCCUAUAAUCAUAACCACCAUAACCACUGCAGCCUCCCAUUUGUGAAUGAUUUGACAGCUUACCUGGGGUCCGUUGUGCACUGUUCAUGGUCAGGUCAUUGGCUGAGAGUGUUAGCUUAGUAUUCUCAGCCAAUGAGUACCUCCAUGCAUCCCCAGGCUAGGAGAGUGCAGCAAGCUUCCGGACUGCGGAGGAGACGCGACCGGCGGACCACAGGUAAGUUGUCAAACCAUUCACAAACAGCUUGGCUUCACACACUAGUAGGGGGCCAUGGAACUCAUGGCACCAUUACCACUACAGAUUAAUGUAGUGGUUAUGGUGCUUAGACUGUUCUUUUAAGGUAAUUUGAGAAUCAGUUUAAAGAAUCCCAUUGGGAUCUGUACAGAAUGUAGCUUUCUGGACAUAUUAUCUGUAAUUCUGUGUAAUAUAUAGUUAUUUUACUGAUUUACUCAAUGAUGUACAUUCCUUUCCAGCACAUAGACUGGGCUGCAUUAUUAUUAAAGAAUGUGACGCCACCAUUUGUGCCCACCAUUGACGGACCUGAAGAUGUCAGCAAUUUUAGUUGCAUGUUUACAUUAGAAUAUCCUAAGUUAACUCCAACCAAAAGGCGAACUGAAAUACCGUGCUACGAGGCGGAGGCAUUUGAGGACUUUAAUUGGAGGGCUGAUUGGAAUUAA